CGGCGAAGCAGCAGCAGCCUCCGCCUCUCCCGCCCUCGUUCGGAUGGCAGUCACGUCCGCCGCUGGGAGCGACGCUGGGGCUCCGCCGAGCGAGGAGGGAGCAGACGUCAAAACGGCCUUAUGAAUAUUGAUGCGGAGGCUAGGCUGCUUUCGUAAAGGAGCAGAAGGAAGCAAGAUGGCUGCCCUUUAGGAUUGGUUAGCAGGGAGAGCAGAUUGCUUCGGCUGGAUUCGGCGAGGCGGAGGGGACUGCUGGAAAGAGGUCAGAGGCGCGCUUCUCUCUCUCUCCUUCUUCCCUCUCUCUCUGUCUCUCUCUUUCCCUUUCCCCCCGUUCCGAAACGCUCUCCUUUUCUGACCUCCUUUAGUAGCCCGUGGGGCUCCUUGGUGUGACUUUUAGAGAAAGAAACACACACACACAACUCUCCGCGGGUCCAAAUGGAAAAGAAAUUUACAGCAGCUUCGCAAACAUGGCUGACAAAUAGAAAAAUUCGAAGCUAUUUUGGGGGUUCCUUCCCCCUUCUAUGUGUCUAGCUUUCGCCUUGUGAACUUUGCUGUUUUAGCUACUUGGGUUUGGGGUGGGUGAGUUCACCCCCACACACACCUUUGUGUUUGUUGGACAGAGAAGUCGAUCUGCUUUAAGUUUUGCUUUUUUCUGUCUUAUAAAAUUGCACUUCUUUUUCCUCCUCUUAGCUUCCACGCUACACCCCCACCCACCCCCAGUUGCAGCCGCCCUUUAAACGUGUGUUCUCGCUUACACACGUGCUGAGUUCUUAAUCGCGUCCGGGCUUUAUUCUGGAAAGAGACUCCCAAGUGGCCUUGGGGAAAGCAAGUUUGCGGAGGUCGCUUUACAAAAUUAAAAAAAUCGAUGGUUGGGUUAUGUGACCAAAACUUUAAGAGUAUAUGCCCUUAUUUAAAAAAUAAUAGCAAUAAAGUGGAAGAGGGUUUGUGAUCUCUGGGCAAAAGCAAACUCUUUCUUGAGAGGUGCCUAGCGUUAGAGGGCAGGGACGUUCUGCCUGGACGCAGCGGGUUAGAGAGGCGUGCGUGCGAGAUUUUUAAUGUGUGAAAGUGGUUUUUUCCCCCGGCUUUGUGCUUUUCAUGAAUCAGCUCUCAUUUGGUUUACCGGUGAGUGACAAGCAGACACAAAGGCAGGCGCAGUCCAAGAGAGAGGGCGGGAGGGGGGAAGAGAGAGAGGGGCUGUGGACUUUUCAGGACGGCAAGGUCAGGGGCGCAGAAGGAAAGUGAAGCCCCCCAUCCUGGGGAAGGAAGAGAGAAUUGGAGAGGACAUUUGCUCCCCGGCUUCUUUUCUCUACCUUUGCAAUUCUCUGUGCUAUCUUGGCUUCGUAAUUGCUGGAUCCCGUGAUGAGAGCCAGUUACUCAAUGUGGGCGGUGGGCGCGGGGUGGGAGGACGACGAGGGAAGCUUCCUUAUGUCGUUUUAAAAUAAUUGCCAUUUAACGAGAUCAAGGCUACUAAACCAUAAUCUACCCGGAAUGUGCCAGUCAAAUGCAAAACGUUGUGCCUUCUUGUAUUUAUUAUUUAGCAUUAAACCUAAUUCCAAUCACUCCCAUAGGUCAUAUGUUAGAUCUGUAAUGGGAGCUUUAAUCGAAUUGGAAAUGUUUCUUUUUUGCCACUUAGCAGGCUUUCUGCAAGAAUACUUGGGUGUACGUUAUAUACAAUUUGCCUUUGUAAACUGAUUGUGGUGGGGAUGGAAGGAGCUGAUGUGAUCUUAGCAGCUUUCCACUGAAACGUUCGCUCUGAUGAUCUCAUUUUGAGAUAUGUUUUUCCCCUCCAUGGUGAGUAUGCAAAUACAAAACCUGAUACCAUGAGAUGGUAAGCAAUGGUAGGAUAGGACUUGUCUGGCUGUUAUAUAUUCACAAAUGGAUUUUUAAAACAAUGACGGAAAAGAUGCCUUCCCUCUGUAGAAGAAGGUCAGUGGGUGGUUGUUUGCUAGCUAAUAAGGCCAUUGUAUUUGCAUUUUAAUGGCAGGCUGACACUCCAGGAAGAGGGGUGGAGAGGAGGAAUAGCAAUAGCCUUACAGUCAUUUGUGGAAUUGCAUGUGUAUUCCAUGAUGGCACUUUCAGUUGAGAACUAAAGCCAAUAGAACAGAGCUUAUUUGUAAAACAAUUUCAGCAGAUGGGUGUUAAUGGUCAAGCAUAAUGAGCAGGCUUCAGUUAUUGGGGUGGGGGGUUGAUCAGACGGCAGAAACAACCCCAUACCCAAUGCAUGCUUUGGUCUUAAACAAAAACUAAAAAACACCAAACCUCCCCAACACGAACCUGUUGAAACUCCCUCGUGAGUUCUUGCUACUCUUAUCUAUGUUAACAAAUUCACUCAAUUAGCUUGUGUCCAAGCUGCAGUCUGCUCUGAGAAGUGAAAGGGAUGUUAGCAACAACUCCCACAUUACUCCUCAAAGGUUAAUGUGCUUUGUUGACUUUUUCUGGUUACAUCAGCGGAGGGUUGAUUUUUUUCGUAUAAGUUUAAGAAGUUCAUAUUUCCUCACAUUGUUCUAUUAUUUUUCAGUAAUAAUAAAAAUAGCAGUAUGCAUUGUUCUCAUGCGCUGCUUGAUAUGUUCCCAGAUAAUAAUUGUUGUUUUAUUUAAGUUAGUGACACUCGUAUGAAGUACAGUGGAAAAUAGCUGUUUUCUUUAAACAAAACAGUAUCCACCUACCAGACCUCUCUCUCUGCAAUGGGAAAACUUUCUUCCAUAAUCAUGAACUGAGCCGUUGGUGUUUUGUCAAGAAUAUUCAAUAUUCUGAAAAGCUUAAACAAAAAAAUUAAAUCCUCAAGUACUGUUGAUGGGAUUAUCCUUUGAAAGCAGCUUCUGCACACAGAUUCUCUUUCUCAGCUGGGAACUCCACACAGAGAUUGGUUGGGAAUCCAGUACAGCUUCCAUUCACAAUAUGGAAGUAGGCUCAUCCUUCUCUCUGCAUGUCAGUGAAAUUGGUCUCUAUCCCAAAUUACAGUCUUGGGCUGCAUGCAUAUUGGUGCACACAAAUGUAUCUCUGCUUAGGAGCACUGAGCAUCAGCAUGACACUGGUUUCUAGGAAAGCAGGUAACAAGUCAGCACAGUUCAUAAAGUUCAUUUGCCACAUCAUGUAGUCCAUAAAUAUGGUAAAGGAUGCAGGUGGCGCUGUGGUCUAAACCACUGAGCCUCUUGGGCCUGCUGAUCAGAAGGUCAGCGGUUUGAAUCUCUGCGACGGAGUGAGCUCCCAUUGCUCUGUCCCAGCUCCUGCCAACCUAGCAGUUCAAAAGCACACCAGUGCAAGUAGAUAAAUAGGUAUGGCUGCGGUGGGAGGGAAAAUGGCGUUUCCGUGCACUCUGGUUUCCGUCAGAAUGUGCCAGAAGCGGUUUAGUCAUGCUGGCCACACAACCUAGAAAGCUGCCUGUGGACAAAUGCUGGGUCCCUCGGCCUGAAAGCAAGAUGAGCGCUGCAACCCCAUAAUCGCCUUUGACUGGACUUAACCAUCCAGGGGUCAUUUACCUUUACCAUAAAUAUAUUACCAAUGUUCUGUGACAGAUUCUGUAGCAUCUUGUACUUAGUAAGGGUAAGGGCAUCUAGAUCCUGCCUCAAAAGUACUUAAAUCUUUACUUGUGUAACUUGUAGGAUAAAACCUUUAGCUUAGCAACAUGUAUACAUAAUAUAUACUGUAGAGUUGAAUGACUUUUUCUCUUUAAAAGCUCCAUUGUUGAACAUCCUAGUGGAUGCGAUAAGAAUUCUAGGUUACUGCAUAUCAUCAGAAUAAACAGUGAACAACUUUAUCAGAAUGUUGCCCUUCUAGAGAUAAAGCAUGUUAUUGUUAUUACUUCUGGGACCUUUCACUUAUUGUAUUGUUCUGCAUACACAAACCUCAUUUUUGAAAUGAGGUUCCUAGUCUUAGACUUUAUUAUGCCAAAAGUGUUGUGCCCUGAUAAAUUGUUAUGGUUGUUCAAUUGUUACUCAAUUUUGAAUGGCAAAAGGGCAAUGUGAAGUGACUGUGGCUGCAAUCCUAAUCUCAGUGGGGCUUGCUUCUAAGCAAACAUGUUUAGAGUCAUGGUGAUUGUCUUGAUUUUCAAAAUAAUGUGUAGCACUGAAAUUGCCAUUUGAAAUCAGUACAUUAUUCCUGCAGGACCAACUAAAACUGGUUGCCCUUCUCAAAAGCAUCUCUGUCCUCAAGGUUUCAUAAAUGUACAUGUGGCAAAGUGCACUAUUUUGUUGCAGCUUGCCUAAGUGCUUUUUCUGCUGGGGUUGCUAUUUUACUUAGGAUGCUACUUGAUUGGCACAGUGCAGUUAUAAACUUAUGGGCUGGAUCAACCCAUAAGUUAGCUGUGCUUUAUUUCUGUUAAACUUGCUGAGGUUUAACUAUGGCUAACUUUUCAGACUGAUUUCAGUGGAACUCAAGUUCAGCUAACAGGCUGUGUUCCUAAACACAAUUACCCUGAGAGUAAGUCUCAUUGAACUAACUAAAGGUUACUCAUGAAUAGACUUCACUGCUAGUCUGGAUCAAACCCACUGACUACUUUAAAAAACAAGACAACUUUCCCCAACGUCCAUGGGAUGUUCACUGUCCAUGCCAACUCUAGAGUAUUCACAUUGCUAAUGAAAGAUUGAGAAAUAAUUUCUUUCUUGAUAAUAAAUGCACAAAGGGGAAAUGGAAUCCUUAAAGUGAUGGGGAGUACAUUCACUUUUUAAUUCCCUGCAAGGAUAAGCUAACUAUUGGCAAAACGUUCUGUUCAGGGCAAUAUUGCUGAUUUUGAAGAGAGCAAAGAGAUCUUUUUCAUGUUCCAUUGGACAAAUGUAAAUAAGUUUUCUUGUUCUACAAUUCUGUGAUUCUAUGAUUUACCAGAACCUUAAUUUUUUGGAUUGGAAUGUGUGUAUGCUGCUGUCAGUGGAUCUGUGGGCUAGUCAAUUGUUUAAGGGCAGGUAAACAGAUAUGAGACUCAAACAGAUAUUUCCCACACUCCCAACAGCUAGAUGAAGAAAAACUGUGACUUUGCUGAGCAACUUCUGAGAAGCAGUUACUAAUAAUUCCUCUCUGUGUGAGAUGCUAAACUUGGUUGCUAAACUUAGUUUUCCCGAUUAUAUUUGAGGAUCAUGAUAAGAUGCAGGCAUGAUUCUCCCGAGCCAUACAUGAGACUAGGUCAAAACUGUCACCUUGACUUGGGCCUGGAAUCAAUAGGAAGCUCAUGCAGAUGAUGCAGCAUGGAUGUAAUAUACUGCUAGUGACUUCCCACCAUGUAGAUGUGGGCUGUAUGCAUGUUGUAUUCACUGUACAGUUGUACCUUGGAUCUUAGACAUCUUGGCUCCUGAAAAAAUCGGCUCCUGAACGAUCAAACCCCGGAAGUAAGUCUUCUGGUUUUCAAAUGUUCUUUCGGAAGCCGAAUGUCCGACGGGGCUCCUGAUUGGCUUCAUGAGCUUCCUGCAGCCCAUCGUAAGCCGCGCUUUGGAUUCUGUUCGACUUCCAAGGUACGACUGUACAUCCUAAGGGAUUGUCAAUGGCAUUAUAGUAAUGAACACUUUGAUUACAAAGUUGUUUGGUUACAUGCAAGAAGCAGAGUGGCUACUCUGUUUCAAUCUUCUUGAAAGAGAUUGUUAUGGCCAUGUCACCAAGUAAAAGAAGAAGAAAAAGAGUUUGGAUUUGAUAUCCCGCUUUAUCACUACCCUAAGGAGUCUCAAAGCGGCUAACAAUCUCCUUUCCCUUCCUCCCCCACAACAAACACUCUGUGAGGUGAGUGAGGCUGAAAGACUUCAGAGAAGUGUGACUGGCCCAAGGUCACCCAGCAGCUGCAUGUGGAGGAGCGGAGACGCGAACCCGGUUCACCAGAUUACGAGUCCACCACUCUUAACCACUACACCACACUAGAGCCAUUGCAACUUAAACUUCUAGGAACUGGAAAUCUGUAAGGCCUGGUUGGUUCAUAGCCGCUCUGGGAUAAAGAUUCCCCAUGUUUAUUUCACUUAUACCCGGCUGUUUUCUUCAGGGCACUUUUGAGCUUGGAUAUGUAACUUGAAAGCUUCUCCAUGGAAUUCAAGCACCCAGAGGUAUUUUUGAAAACCUCUGUGUGUGGCAAGGUGGGCCCUGGUGUUAGAUUAAUUCAUGGAAGGUAAAUGUGUCAUUAGCUAUUGCACAUAACAACUAAAUAUGCAUAUUGUGCCAUGCCCAGUGGUAAAAUAUCGCUGACUACUAGAUACUGGGGCCAAAUUAUAAGGAACGGCUAAUGGCUGUUCCCAGAACACCAUGCUUGUGAACUUCCCCAGGGCAUCUGCUUGAGAGCUCUAGGAGUCAGAAGUGGAUUAGAUUAGAUAGACAUUUAAUCCAAUGCAGAAAGUUAGCACUUAUGUCUUUAUGGGCACAGGCAGUCUAGAUUUACUGUGUCUGUCACCACCCAGAAGAAUUCUAUUGUGAUGGCAUUUUGGAGUUUCCAAAGCAUUCUUCACAACUGCCAUUGCUGCAGCAUAGCCUUUUAACAACGACCAGUGCCACAACUGGGUCAGCUUUGGUACAAGAUCAAUGCUAACUCCAUCUGUGCUGUUUUUCUCCUUUGUUUUCUUUCUCACUCUUUCUCCCCUUUGUCCACUUUUGAGCCCUUGCUAAGUUUUGAAAAGAAUUGGUGGUUCUUUUGAACAAUGCUGGAAAACACCAUCUCAAAUUAUUUUGCCAAACAAGAUGAACUAUUGAUUUGUCUUGUUCUCUCUGGCUGCUGUGAAGGCAUUUUGCCAAUUCUUAAUGUUAUGACAUCAUCUAGAAAGGCUAUUUGUUUGAUCUGGUUCUGAAACGCAGUGGGAUGCAUUAUGAAUCAUAAAAAACUGACUGCAGUGUGAAUCAGAGAUGGAUAGAAGCUAAAGAGAGAUUUGAACAUACCUAUUAUAGCUCUGUUGUAAUUUUAAUCUGAACUGCAGGUAACAACAAAUCCACUUCAGUUGACCUCUGGAAACUUAGAAGUCUUUCAAAUUUAUUUGAAAAAUCACUAACUGAAGAUGCUACAGAAAUACAAAGCAUGUCACAGAUACAGGUGUAGUUGUGAAGAUUCUAAUAAUCAGUGUAAGAUUUAAGAAGCCUAAAUUGUAAGGGCUGGUGACUGAUUUAACCCAUGUCUAGGUUACUGAUUAAGAUACUGUGCUAUGAAUUGGGAACCCCCCCCCCUUUAGCCGUGCUAUUGUCCUAAAGCAGGUUUUCCCAAACUUGGGUCUCCAGCUGUUUUUGGACUACAGCUCCCAUCAUCCCUAGCUAGCAGGAUCAGUGGUCAGGAAUGAUGGGAAUUGUAGUUGAAAAACAGCUGGAGACUCAUAUUUGGGAAACCCCACCCAAAAGUCAUGGAUUGGCUUCUGACAAGCUACUCCCUUGGCCUCAACCCCAGCCCAAAUGCAUAGGAUAGCUGCCUUACCAAGUCAGACCACAGGUCCAUCUAGGUUAGCAUUCAACACUGACUGGUGGUGGCUCUCCAGAGUUUAAGGCAAUAAUAUUUCCCAGCCCUGCCCAGAAUUCCUAGGGACUGGACGUGGGAUUUCUGCCUGCAAAGCAUGUACUAUACCACUGAUAUAAGUCUUUCUUCCUACUCCCCUGUCUUCUGGACUCUCGUAAGGAUUGCAACAGUAUAGAGUGCAAGAAGAGCUUUGAUCUGAACACUCUCGGUUUCAAACAGGAGUCUUUCCCAGCCCUACCUGAAGAUGGUAGAGAUUGAAUCAUGGAGCUUCAGCAUGCAAAGCAUGUUUCCCGUGUUCCCUGUCCUAUGGUUUACCAUGGCAUGUGAAUGCAGCCAAUAUUGUAGAUAUAUUCUAGAACAGUUGAGAGCUGUUCUUGUUCUUAAUCGCUGGCAUUUGAAAUUGUUUUCUUCUGGACAAGGAAAAUGGGACUUGAAGCAGAUCUGCAAGGAAAUCCAGUUUUGCUGAAACUCCAGAUAAUAUGCAAUACUGGAGGUUGUGGCUGCAAUCCUACGCAAUAGCCCUGAAUACAUAAACAGCCACACCGUAUACAUCAUGUAAAUGUAGAAGGCAAAGCUCCACACAUUUUGCAGAGCUCCACCACCUGCCAUUGCCAGGCAUGAAAAAUACUUAGAUGAGCGGGAGACUUUGAAUUAUAGUUUGUAGUUCUUCUGUCAAGAAGGGUGUAUCACCUGCCGUUCUGGCCCCCAAGCAAACUAAACAGAUUUGUUUGGGGUUCCCCUAUAGCCGUAAUGGUGAUAAUGUCUGGACAGCUGUGACUGCUUAUUCACAGAAGGAAGUGUGGAAUAGAGGACAUGCAGUGGGGAGAUCUAUGGACAUGGACUCUUAGGUCUAGUUCACAUGUUCAGGAGUGAUCUGACUGGCAUGUGUGAAUCAACCACUGAUGUGUGUAUCUAUAGCAGUUACAUACGUGUUUCAAAAUGGAGUCCGUUCAUACUUUCAUUGGCAUCCCAUACCCAAGUGAUGUCCUUGACUAUAUGAACCUGCCCUUAGAAGUGUUUCGAUGUAUUGUUUUAAUUUCUCUUUCAAAUUGUACCCCACCCUUCAAUGUGUAAUGAUUCCAGUGUAUGUAACAUACACCGCAGAUCAGGAUCAUAAAACAACUACAAUGGAAAAUUUUCUGAAAUGCUAAAUAAAAUUCCCCAUGCAGUUCUAAUCCUACAGCAGGCAAGUCCCUAUUAGUGUCUGGCCUCAUUACAUUAAUGUGCUCCAAAUGAGAUAGGCUGGUUCUUAAUGCAUCAGAGGCCAGCCAUUAUCACAGAGGGGAGGGCAUUCCAUGAAACUGGUGCCACCACUGAGAAGGCACUAUUCCACAUCACAGUGAAUUGCAGCCAGUAAUGGGAUGCCAAGAAGGGGUUCUCCCACAGAUCUUGAAGCAGAGCUUUUAAGAGGUUUAAAGCAUGAAAGCAGGAGUUGGGUCAACAGCUUUGCACCUUUUUUUAAAAAAAGGUUUGUGUGUGUAUCGCUCCUCUAUUUGAAAUGAUUAAUUAAUUCAUAUUAUUGAAAUUAUCUCUGUAAUGUAGAAGGGUGAGGAAGAGUACCGGCCUGGAGAGGGCUUGCUUAUUAUUGUGAUAGUGUACACUUGCACAGUUUCUGUUCUCUGCUCUAGCAUAAGAAACUCUGUGUAGAGCUUGAUAUUUGUUCCUCUGAAAGAACUGUGCCAUUAGUCUAUUAAAAGCGUGGUGAUUGCUUUGUUGACUUGCCUGAUGAGGAACCUACAAUAAAUAUACAUCUCUUGGCUGGAAUUGCCCCAAAUGACAGUUUAGUUCAGGUCUUGCACAAUGUAUUACAGAGAAUAAGUUGCCAAGCAGGCAGCAGGAUAUGGGAGAAAGGCAUUUUGGCUGCAGCCACAGAUAAUUAAUUCUCUUGUCUAAAAUUCUGGAAUGAUUUCUUUACCCUGCACAUAUUGUCAGCUAGAGAUCUGGAUAGACUUUUAGUCUUGAGUUUCUGAUUGAAUUGUGAAGCUUUUGCUAGAGUCUUGUGCAGAAAGUGUGCUUUGUAAAAUGAGCCUAAAUGCACUUUUUUUUGGGGGGGGUGAUCACACCGAGAGAAUAGUUAAUGGUCUAUACAACCGGGGAGGGGGGAUCUGUGGCUUUCCAGAUGUUGUUGGACUGCAAUACCCAACAGCCACAGCUAACAUGGCCAGUUUUAAGGGAUUAUGUGUUUCAACAACAUCUGGAGGAAUAUAGAUUACUCACUCCUCUUACAUCACUUCCUUUUCACUAAGCUGGUAUAUAGAAUGGGAAGUGGUGAAUAGAGUAAAUGGAGAUGCUGAGAUAAAAAAAGAUAGUUGUAAUCCAACAAAGUAAUAGUUGUGCUAGAGAAGAUUGGAUAGCAAUGCUAGAUUGUGCAUAUUUCUGCUCCUAUAAUUAAUCCCUCAUUUGUUUACUUAUUUAUUUAUGGCAACUCUGUGCCAUCACAGAACCAGAGUUCUUUGGGUGGCUUACAAUGCUUUAUUGUUCCACAAAAUCCUUGUGUUUGAAGGGACCCACUGGAAAGUUAGCCGUGGAGGCUGCAUGAGCUAUGUCUCAAGAUGAAAGGCAAUAUGGGCUCGAAUGCAGUACUAACAGGGAAUAAUUAUUAUUUGGGUUAUAUUUUUACCCUGUUGUUUGCACAUGGGAGCUAGGGCCUGCUCCAAAGUGCUGAACUUGAAAUGGAAGGAAACAGCUCUAGUUCUUGGGCACCUCUCAUUAUCCACUUCCCCACUGUUGACGGGUGCAAGCCUGAGUGAAAUAGGAAGUGGGUAACAGAAGAGAGACCUGGUACCAUGCUGGCUUGGAGAUACCAUUGCUGGCAUUUCACAAAGGCUGCUGGUCCCCAUGAGCUAAACUUGUCAGUACCUUUGGACUAACUGGCAUUGACGAAGUAUUUGUCUAGUUUAUAUGACGUGCUGGCUUGCCUUGCACAAGAAUGCUACUAUCAUGGUAAAAAACUUAGCAUGUGGAAGUACCAGAAUAUAUGAGUCCAUAGCUGGUCCACUGAGGUGUAAAGGGGUUUCCCUUGAAAAGUAAUAUGUGCACCACUCAGCUUGAAAAAUGUGUUGUGUUUAUCUCUCUCUCUCCCCCCCCCCCUCUCUCUUAUCUAUCUAUCUAUAGUUCUACUGCAGAUUUCUAAUAAGUUUAACACUCAGUGCUUACUGAGUGUUGUUUUAGAGGCAGAAACUGAAAGCCCAAUAACUUUUUACAGGAAAAUAAAUAUUACCCAUACAUUAAAUCCAAAUCUGUGAUGCCAGGUAAACUGGCCUUAGUUCUUGAAAUUAGAUUUCCAUUUUAGUUAUUGCACUACAGCUUUAAUUUUCAUUUGUGUCUGUUAUAGUUCCGUGAAUAAUCCCAAAUAUUUAACUUAUUUCAGUGGGAAGGCUGCCUCAGGCCAUGGCUUUUUAAUGGCAGAUGAAUGAAUGCAAGACUUGAAGCCAAAAGAAUACCAAACAGAUUGGGGGGGGCCCCUCAGUCCAACCUGUCUUUUUCUUGAAGUGCAUGCUUCCGUCAAAAAUAAUUGUACUAUGAAGUAAUAACCACAAUUAAAAGUAGCAGUUAGGGGAUAAGGCUGUGGCAUGCCACUUCAAUAAACAAGGGGCUCUGGUUUCUUUUAUUAAACCUGUACGCUCUUUGACUUGUGCCCUGAUAUACAUCACCUACCACAGCAAUGGCGCCUUUAAUUAGUUCAGACUUAGCAUCUGUAGGUUGCUUACCAGUUCAGAGAUAGGAUGAGCUCAAAGACAGAAUGACUUCUUGCAUUGUUCAAACCAUAUUGACAAGUAUUGCCCUGUUGGACUGAAGUCACUUUCAAGUUUGUUGUUUGAGAUUGCAACCUUCCAGGUGUCUGGGUAUAGUGGAUAGAGAAACAAAAUAUAUUCAAGCAGAGCUUCAUACUCUCUGUGCCCAAAUGCUGCAACCAUCAAGUCUAUAUAUGUGGAAGUAAAUACUCAUGAACCCACAAGGGGCUUCAUUAGAAAUUAAUGCAGGUAGGACCAGGUAUCCUACUGGAAACCACUGAACAGUGUUUUUUGUGUGAAAGCUGAAACUUUGAAAAUAAAUUUCAGUGUCUUCAUUACAGCAAUCAGUAUAUCAGUUCUUUAUUUUCAUGAGGAUACUUGUUUCAAAUUUAUUGCUAAUGUUCCUUUGCCUGUACUUGAGUUACAGAAAGUUACAUCGUAGCUUGUUCACUCCUCAUACAGUUCCUUUUGAUUUCUUUCCUCAAUAGUUGGCACACAUUUUCGUCUUGCUUUGGAGAAAGCAGCUAACUGUUCUAGGAAAUGUCUGCCACUGUGAUGGGGUGCACACUUUUUGCAACAUUUUCCUCUCCAGGAAGGCCCCGAGAUGCAUGGCUCCAACUUGCUUUCCCUUCAAUGCUGCAGACCGAGCUGCUCUUUCCAUUCAGAGUUUCUUCCGAUCCAGCCUCAGUCAGCACCACGUGGACUUUGCGCACAUGUCUGACUGUUUACAAACACCCUCCCAGAAUUCCCAAGAGCUGUUGCGUAACAGUCUGGCGGGUGCAACAGUUCGCGAGUCGGCAGCGUUCACCCGCAAUGGUCUACUUUCCCCUCCAUUUUUACUAUCGCCCACAGCCAUCAUAACCUUGUUAUAGGCUGGUUGGAGUAUUCCACAAUACUCAGGGUUCUUUUCCCUCCCUGCUUUUCCCCCCUUAAUAAUCUCCUUUUGUUUUGGCGACAUUCAGCUCUGUAGCUUACAGCAAGGUCAUCUGCGGUGAGCCAAAAAUAGAAGCUUCACCGCUUGACAAAGAACUGGAACCGGCCAGUGCAAACCUUGUGUGCCAUGGGGAGUAGACGUAGUUUCUGCUUUCCGAAAGGACUAAUAGUCUGCAGACAACUGCAAACAUAUGAAAGUAAUGCUGGGUGCGUCCUUGCUAUUUGGAUCUAUCAGGGGAAAUGCUAAACACUCCAAUCAGCAGUUUUUAACCCAGGCUGGAGUCAUGCGCACACACACAGUAAGGCUGCAUAAAUCGCACAGAAGAGCAUGCUGUAGCAGAUUAGCUGUCCAGAAUUCUAGUCUAAACAUUUUAACUCUUCCAACCAAAAAAGCAGGCAAACUUUUUGCUACUGCAGUGAUUUUCUUGUUACGGUUGAAGGUAAGCAUGGGGUUUUAAAGUGCUUUACAGGUGUGAGGGGUGGUAAGGUGGGAUGCGGGUGGUGUUGUGGUCUAAACCACUGAGCCUAGGGCUUGCCAAUCAGAAGGUCGGCGGUUUGAAUCCCCGCGAUGGGGUGAGCUUCCGUUGCUUGGUCCCUGCUCCUGCCAACCUAGCAGUUCGAAAGCACACCAGUGCAAGUAGAUAAAUAGGUACCGCUGCGGUGGGAAGGUAAAUGGUGUUUCUGUGCGCUGCUCUGGUUUCACCAGAAGCGGCUUAGUCAUGCUGGCCACAUGACCCGGAAAAACUGUCUACGGACAAACAUCGGCUCCCUCGGCCAGUAAAGCGAGAUGAGCGCUGCAACCCCAGAGUCGUUCGUGACUGGACUUAACUGUCAGGGGUCCUUUACCUUUUUUUUUUAAGGUGAGCUGGCUGCUACACAUUCAUAGUUGUUUGAGCAGGGUAUGCUGUCACAGAUUCAAACAGUGUGUCACAUAUGGCGGCACCAACUUUCAAACUCCCAUUUCAUGCACUCGUCUCAGAACAUAUUCAUUUUAGCCAGCCAUUAGCAAAUGCUUUUCACAGGUGCAAAGACUAUCAUGCAGCUGUCCUAAGCAUGCUUACUCAGAAGAGAGAUGUGGUGGCUGCAGUUCUCUUUAAUUUCUUGGAGGUCUGUGGGAAUGUUCUCAUGAAGCAAUACCUAGUACUGUUUGGGAAGGUGGUUCUCCUUUUCUCCGAUAACUGCUUGGAUCUCAUGCGUGAUCCAUAUUUCUCAAGGAUGGAAGCAACUGUGAAUGCUGGAGACAUAGGCUCACUCAUAGGACCCAAGCAGUUCUUGGAUAAAUGUUUGCAGUAGAAAGAAAUUCUGUUACCAAAGGUGGUUUGUUGUUGUUGGGUUGUUGUGAUUGUUUGCCAUCCUCCUCUUGACACUCUCUGCUUUCACUUUCCUAGAAUCUCCCAAGAAUUUGUGGGCAAAUGAGAGUUAUAAUUUAGAAGUGAGUGGGAUUUUUAAAAAUCUGUUUCCUUCCACUGGUUUUGAUGCAUCUGUGUGUGGGGGGGUUGUUUUUGUCUGGUUGGUUGGUUGUAAUUCACUUUGGAUUGCCUUGGACAAGAUAAAACAACUAACAAAUUAAUUAAGUAAUUGGAACACCCUUAUUCAAUGGGUCUUGCUUCCAGGUAAGUGUACGCUGAGGUUGUGUCACAUUAUGGUUAAACCCCACACUGCUUAUAUCUCUUCUAUUGAAAAUUUAUUUCUUGAUUUAUGAGAGUUCUAGAACUCUUUUCUCUUUCCAAAUGACAUGUUACCUUACUGCAAAAGAAAAAAAAAAUAUUGUUGUCUUUUCUAAGGUUCUCCCUUUGUUUUAGUUCUCCCUUCUUAUUCCUGGCUUAAACGGUCUGAAGAAAUGCAAACUCAGCAGGGCUUUAACUCCAUCCUUUUCUCUCCUCUUGCAGUAAAGGUCAAAAGCAAAUGGGAUUCGCAGCUGCAUUUAAAAUAGCUUGGCAGAGGCAAAUCUAUUCACCCCCCCCACACACCUUUUUCCAUUUGCCUGGAUACAUUAGUAGAACAUUUAAUGUACAUGAUUAUGAAUAAAAUUUUCAGUGAACCCCUUCAGCUGUUUUUCAAAAGGAAAGCUUCUCUAAAAAAGAGGGGAAGUGAUAGAGCUUUGUUUGUGUGUUUUCCAUACAACUGUAACAAGUGGAAAUAGUUAAAUGUCUCCUCCUUUAAACACCGAAAGCUUGGUUCUGUGCUGCUUCAUUUAUACUGUUAAAUGUCUGUGUAUCCUUGUGGUGCUCAUAUCAUUUCUUUGCCUAUUGUAUAUAUCAAAUCAACCAAUGCUGGAAGUAGAAAGCACAGCUCUUGGUCCCUGAAUUGAAGAGACCUUGCCUUGAAGUUCUCUUUGGGAGAAAAAUGCCUGGCAGCAUGAAUUGAUUGACAUUUGUGGGCCAUUUGUGGGCACCGGUGAUGAAACUUGCUAGGGCAAAAUAGACUGGAACACGCUGGUCUUUGCCUUGCAGCGCAGCUCGGAUGUACAAACAUUGUAGUGUCAGGGUUUACCUCGAAAGCAGGCGUUCCAGGUCAUUCUGAUGUCUCGCAACGUGGCUUCGCGCACAUGGCUGUAGUGUUUACAAACACGAUCCCAGAAUUCCUGAGGGCAGUUAUGUAACAGCUAGCAAGUGCUGUAUCAGGCUCACUAAAAUGACCUGGAUCACGGAUGUUGGCGUAGACUCAACAGAGCAGUUGGGCGGGAGGUGGGGAAACACACAUGCUAGGAAAAUGCACGUUGGGUAUGUGAGCACGUAACUUUACUCAUGCAGCCGCUAACUAGCCUGAAUAAGCGUUUCAGGCAACUCAGAAUAAAUGUGAUGGUGCUUUCUUCAUCAUCGUAAGCUUCCGUUUCUUUGAGUGUGUAGUGACUUGGAACAUUUUAUAAAAGUACAAAAGGAGCUCGUGUUGUGACAUAUUCUUCUGAAAGGACUUGUCUCAGAUUCUUUAUUAGAAUCCGUUUGCCACUUUUACAAUUCCAUGUUGGAAAGAACGGGUAUUGGUGGAAAAUAAAAAAAGACAUUCAUUCCACAGUUCCACAAAUGGAUAUCAUAUGCAGAAGACUUUGUAUGCAUGGAGCCGUGUAAUUAUCUUUGUGCAAUAUCAGUUGUGGAUAUCAGGGUUUUGCACACUUCCAUUUUUAAUUAUGAAGACUGUGGGAUCUGCUCAGGCUAAUCAACCGCUCAGUAUGCCAUACAUUAAGUUUGUAAAUGUGCCAUGAAUAUCUUAGAAAAGGAAGUGGUGUGCGUAGGGGGAGGGGGACAAAUCCUACUACCCCACUUAAAGGGGUGAGUAAAAAAAAAAAAGGACACAGACUUAGCCAGUUACUCUUCCAAUUAAGGAUCAAAAGCCUGGGUAAAUAGAAGUGGUUUUGCUGGGCCUAAAAACAAACAGUGGGGGCAUCCCUGCUGCUGUGUGUAAGAUAAUGAUGAAACUGUUGGCCAAAAUGGGUCCUUAAUUAGACAAACAGUACUUAUUGAGCUUUCUCAGUGCAUGCAGGAUGACAAUGAAGAGUGUGUGCUGAGCUAUUCAUGAGACCACAUUUUGUUUGGAUUCCCACCCUGAAGUGAGUGCAGAAUUUUACUUUGCAGCUCUGUUAAGAAUGUGAUGCAUAUAGUAUCCUUAAAUUGAUGAUGCCCAUGAUCAAACUUCUCAUGUCCCUUGAUGAAUGAACGGAUUUUCUUGCUUGGUUAUCUGCUACAUUUGUACCCCACUUUUUUCUCUAAGGAGCUCAACGUGGCCUACAUAAUUCUCCCCCUCCUCAUUUCAUCAAUGAUGAUCACCCACUGAGCACAAGGGAGGCUUCCCAUUGGGUGAUUACAUGAAUCACCAGAAGGUUGCAUGUCCAAUGCAAGACAUUCCCAGAAACACUCUUGAGAGUGGGCAAUUGUUAAUUAUACCACAUCGUGACAGUCUUUACUCUUAACAAGCCAUAAAAGUAACACUUUGGGAUGUAAGCGAAGCAUGAUUUUUUAAAAAUUUGGGAACAACUGUGGCUCUGUUGUCAGAAAUUGCUUCUCAUUACCUAUCUUUUCUUUUUUCCAGACUUGUUUUGUUCAGAUUCUCUAGAUUCUCUAGAUUUAUACAGGCUUUGGAACUACCAGUCAAAUCUGUGCUGCAUCUUUUUAGUUCACCUCCUGAAACUGAGUUGGCUGCUAAUGUGUUUCAGAUCUCGUUUCAUAGAUAUCAGAUAACAAGUGGCAGUUUAAUUAUUGCCACCCCAUGGCAUUAAGCUAAUUUUAAAUGCUGUACUCUGCUCACUACACUCUUUUUAAAAAUACGCUCUGACUAAAACCACAGCCAAAUCCUUAUAAAAAAAAUCGCUGUUUUGAAGUUUUCUUAAGAAAGAGACUGGAGGAAUAAAACAAGCAACAAGCCAUUGCACAGAAUUGAAAUUCCAUGCCCACAGUUCCCUGCCCACUUAACUGAGAGCAAGCCCCAUUGAACUGAAUGAGUCUUACUUCUGAGGAGACACAUACAGCUUUACAUUUUGCAUUAACUGGCAUACAGAAUUCAGUUAAGAAUGGCAUCUUUCUCAAAGUGUUUUCCACGUACAGUGGUACCUCGGGUUAGGAACUUAAUUCGUUCUGGAGGUCCGUUCUUAACCUGAAAUUGUUCUUAACCUGAGCUGCCGCUGCACGAUUUCUGUUCUCAUCCUGAAGCAAAGUUCUUAACCCGAGGUACUACUUCCAGGUCUAUAACCUGAAGCGUCUGUAAUCUGAAGUGUCUGUAACCUAAGGUACCACUGUAAUCCAGUCAAGUGUGUGAAGACACUCCUGAAGUACUUCUCCCAGGGUAUGAAUAUCUCUCUCUCUUUUUUAAAAAAACAAAAAAAACAAAAACCCAAACCUUUAGUUUUAACUUUGACUCAAAUAACCUGAAAACAACAUCUUCAUGUAAUUGACAGAUUUCAGUUCAAGACAUAUGAAUGGACCCAAUUACCAUUCUAUCCCCCACCCCAUCCCUGUCUUAUGUUAGGUACUACAGUUCGGACUGCCAUGGUCAGACAACAUGAUUGCCUGAAGGGGCACCAUAUUCUUUUCUUUUCUUUUUCUUUAUUAAAAUUAUUUAUUUAUUAAAUUUAUAUACUGCUUACUUGAGGGAGAAAAACUCCAAGCACUUUACAAAAGCCAUAUAAAAACAAACAUUAAAAGCAAGUUACAUUAAAAAAACACACACCAAAGAACCCGUAAUUUUAAAACAAUUUAGCAGUGGGACAGUGGGUCUGGCCGUUAACCAGAAGGUAUGUGUUUCGUUUUUUUUUUUUUAAGAUAUUUAUUAAAGUUUAAGUAUUACAAAGAAAAGGAAAAAGGAAAAAAGAGAAAUACAAGCAAUAAACAAUUACAAAACCUCAAAAACAAAAGGAAAUACAAUAAUACAAAACAUCAACAAUACAUUAAAAAAGAAAAAAAAGAAAAACAGAAACAUUUAAAAAACCCAAACCUUUAAAAAAUAGAAGGAAAAAAAAAAAGAACAAACAAAAAAAGACCCCGUAUUUUCAUAUCCUUACCUUUCAUUUGCUUAUUUCCUCGACUUCCUCACACCUCCUUUUUUGUAUUCUAGUUCAAUUAAUUGUUCCAGCAAAUCCUUUCCCUCUUUCUCAAAUUUAGUUCCAUGAUUUAUCUUAACGCAAUUUAACCUAAAGUUUAACCUUUACCCAAUAUCAAUCUAUUCAUACUUAAUUCUUUAUAACAUUUCUACUAGAGCCAUAUAACUUCUUUCCAGCAUCCUUCUAACAUUCAUUAAUUUUACAAUAUUUCUGUAAAUAGACUUUAAAUUUUUUCCAAUCUUCUUCCACCGACUCUUCUCCCUGGUCUCGGAUUCUGCCAGUCAUUUCCGCCAGUUCCAUGUAAUCUGUGAAUCUACUAAGACAGCAGUCCCCAAUUGUGGGUCUGUGGACCCCGGGGGGGUUGUGUAACCCACCCAGGGGGUCCGUGACACAUACCCAUCAACUGUCUGUCACAUCCCAUUUUUCAGAGAACAUGCUCUCACGUGAGAGCACAGUGCCCAGAAAUGUGUGAGGUUGUGGCCAGACGCGCAUCUCAUGGGAGAUCAUGGUGCCCAAAAAUAUGUGUUUAGGGACCACUGUGCUCUCACAUGGCUCUCAUGGCUCUGGAAGACACACAACCCAGUUUUGUGCUGGGACACGCAGCAUUCACAUAACCAAAACUGCCACCAAGAUAUCAACAUUUUCGAAAGUAGAGGGUCCAUGGCUUGCCUUUGAAAAAACAGGAAGUCUACAAUAGUUUGCCAAUUGGGAAACACUGUGGUUAACAAGAUAUAGUUCCUGACAGUUCUUAUCGCAAAAGUACUACAAAAGAAAUGCAUGCUGUUUUGAGAUGAGACGGUAAACAUAUUUCUGUGAGUAAAUAUAUGUCUGUGUGUUGUGACUUGAGAUACAGUCUGCAGGUUGACUGGAUGGCUGUUUCUGCAUAGGGAAGGAAGAGUAGCAUGUUCAGGGAGAAGGCUAGGUGUGGCAACUUGUUUUCUCUGUGCGGUGUUUUAGAACAGAGAACCAAGGAAGCAUGGGAGUCCUUGCUUGAAGUGUUACAGACCACUUGUUAUUAUUUCACCAGUAUCAUCAUUAUUGCAAAGCCUGAUUAACAACAUGAGGCGGCUAUAAUAAUAAUAAUAAGUAUAAAUGAAUGCUCAUGAGGACUUUGCCCCUUGCACUUAGCUGCCAGAGUGCUUUGGAGACUGUUGGGGAUUCUGCAGAGCUUAAUUUUUAGAGAAUAGGACUGGUAGAUGUGCAGGACAUUGGGAAAGAGGUUUCUGCCGGAAGGCAAGCACUAUGUGUCAGUUUAGAUUAAUAUCUCAGAAUAAAUACAGACGCUGUCAUGGGUUUGUCAUCUAAACAGUAGAAGAAAGAGAAAUCCUGAAUAGCUGGUUUAGCAGAAGCCGCACCUAAGAGCUGAAUUAUUCUUCCUCCUUUGCUUUUGAAGAAGUGGAUCUUAGGUAUUUGAGGGCAGAACUGAGAGACUACUUUGUAAUUUUGUAUCUGUAGAAGAAUGUUGCUUGAAAGUGCAUCAAGGCAUGGCAGGACACAGCAGUGGCCCAUAGGCCUCUGAGUUGCUUGACUGAUGCAAGCAAAAGUUCCUGUGCUUCAAAAAGAGAUUGAGUUCAAGAGGAAGAGAGGAUUCCUUUUUGGAAUACAGCAGUCUUGAGUUGUAAACCUCUUAUUUCUGAAGUUCUUCACUGCUGAAUGACUCCGGAGUAGUCCUCAAGAAGUGGUGCAUCUGACUAUCUGAAAAGAAUGUAUUGCCUUAGAUAACCUUACUUUAAAAGAAAAAAGGGGGAGAACAGCUAUGGAGCAGAAAAGAAGGAAAACUGAAAAAGGAACCCUUUUGCUGGACUUUGCUAAACACUGUGUGUAGGGCAGGACCUGUUGCAUAUGCCAUUGCUUCUUGAGGGCUAGGGUAGAAAUCGCUCACUGCUUCUAUGGGUAUUUUAAAAAAACAAAACAAACUUGGUAGUACUCCUCCAAUAACCAAACAGUAUGAAAUGUCAGUGAACAAAAUGACUACAUUUAAAUAGAGAAGACAAUACCUCAAGGACCACCUGGUCCCAUAUGAACCUACCCAGACCCUGAGAUCAUCUUCUGAGGCCCUUCUUCAUGUACCUCCUCCUGAAGAGGUCAGGAGGGUGGCAACACGAGAACGGUUCUUCUCUGCGGUGGGUCCCCAUCUGUGGAAUACUCUCCCCAGGGAAGUUCACUUGGCAACUUCAUUAUACACCUUUAGGCGCCGGGCAGAAACGUUCCUUUUUAACCAGGCCUUUGGUUGAUCUGAUUGACAUCCUAUGCCCCUUUAAAAUAUAGCUCUUUUUCGGGGUGUGUGUGUGUGUGUGUGUGUGUGUGUGUGUGUGUGUGUUACUGGGUUGUUUUUAUUUUGAUUAUAUAUAUUGUGAUUUUUAUGUUGACCUUUUCUGUGAACCGUCCUGAGACCUCCGAGUAUAGGGUGGUAUAUAAAUUCAAUAAAUAAUAAUAAAAUCUAAACUUGAAGUCACCAUUAAGUAAAGCAGGUUGCUAUUUGAAUUCGAAUUGCUGCUGAUAAAGUAUUUAAAGGUUCCAGACCUCAUACUUUAUUUGGAAGGAAGACUUGACAUUGUGUUGUAAUUCUACCCUUCACAGAUGAUCUCCUAGUAAAUUUAUUGUGCACAAUAUGAGACCUUUAACAGUGCAGGAAAGGGACACCUAUCUUUGUUCCCCAUUGUCUCAAACACUUCUUUUGCAAUGCUCAUGAGAUCUGGUACUUAAAAAGUGAUAAAGAAUCAAUGAUUAUUAAAAUGAAAUGUGUUUAAAUUUGUGUUAAAAAAAAACCUUGGAAAGUCCCUACUUAUGUAGUUUUUGUUUGCUUGCUCUGUGAAUAUGCAAAAAUAAUAGUCACACAGAGAGAGACACACACUGUUUUUGCAGUAGGUAUAUUUAUGGAUUUGUUACACAUUUACACAUUUAUGUUUCUAAAGAGUCAGAACAAACUCCAGGAUAACCCAUCAGACUUUAAAAUAAAAUAAAAUCAGGAGAAGUUCUUCUUUGCAGCCCUUUGUUCCCCGUUUUAAUAUUUCAUGAACAUGUGAUAUUGUUUUAAAGCCAUGAUGGUCUUAUGAAGUUUAAUAUUUAAAGCAGAUGGCUGCUUUAAUAAGAUGGUUACUAUGGAAACUGUGCUGUGAAUGCUGUGGUUUGUGUAAUGUGUGGUCUCCUUACUAAACAGCUGAAAGGCUCUUGAAGCAGAUGCUCAGAGAGGUGGUAUAAGAGAGAAUAAAAAGAUAACAUGCCCACCUGAAUGGAAGCUUUUAUUUUAAGUGCGUUCUGCUUGAGCUGGACAGUUGAUUUUUCUGUGGUUUGCUAAGGAUUUCCUUGAAGCUACAUGGAGUAUGCGUGGAGGUAAGAUUGAUAUUCUAAAGAAAGCUCUGUUCUGCUGCUGAUGCAUUACUGUAUAAUAGCUGGACAAAUUCUUCACAUGCAUACACAUUCCUAAAUCCGAGGGAUGUGGAAAAGAGCAGUAUAUCCAUUCUUCCUGUUGUUGUCGUGCCCUACAAACACAGCAAAGGGGCUGGCUGGAAGAACAUAUGUUUUGCAUGCAGAAGAUCUCCGGUUUAAUCCUUGGCUUCUCUCGCUGCUCAAAUGCCAAGACUAGGAAAGACCUCUCCAGGAAACCUUAGGACUGCAAGUCAAACAAUUCAGUGCUGGUGUAUAUAUACUCUCUGGGUUCUAGGGAUUAUGUUAGAAGAUGUGGGGGCACUUCCGUAGCAAGCAGUACUGCCUAUUAACGGGCCACAAAUAAUGUUGGCAAUCCUUACAGUAAAUAUGAGUGUUCAGGUUUAGUUUAUGUGCACCCAUAACUUCCCAUGUUUAAGUCUGACAAGCAGCACGUCCAGUAACUGUAUUCCAUUUAAUCUUGUACACAGUAGUCCUGUUUGGGUGUUCAGUUCAUAUUUUACAUGAAGACAACCGCAUGAAGCAGCAUGCUGACAAUUCCCGUCUCCUCCAGUUUGUGUUUUUCUCCUUUGACUCAGCUACAUUAGUCAAAAUACAGCAUUAUAAAUGUGUUAUAACACUGUGGCACCAAAUGGCGCUGUAGAGAUGAAAUCGCAACUCAAUGAUAUUUUCAAUUGUGAGCUUUACAAUGGUUUUUUGCAGAGCAUAUUCAGAGCAUUUUUAUUUUUUUAGUCCUUGACAGCCUUCCAUGAGUUGCAGGGCAGCUUUCUGAAGCAAGAAGAUUUCUGUACUUUUGGAGGUUCCCCAAGUGAUUUAGGUGGAAUCUGCAUAUAUAUGAAAAAUGCUUGUGAAAAUACAUUUUUUAAAAAUGUGUGUGUGUGUGUGUGUGUGUGUGUCAUUCGUUCACCAUCGCCAUCUAGUGCCACAUUUGUAUAAUGCACUUAAAAUGCAGUUUAAACGUUAUAUUUGCAGUCUAUAGCUAAGUCCUUAGAACCUGGAGGCCAGCAUGUCCCCACUGUCCUUCAUGUUUUAGUCUUCACCCAAGUGAACUGAACACCCAGACAGGGCUAACAUGAAGUGGGGGGCAUUUGACAUCUUAAACUUUAUUUGGAAGACUAUGGAACACUGACUUCUGCAUAGAAACUUACUAUAGCACGGGUGCAAAUUAUUACUAUGGUAGGGAAGGGACAGGGAUUGAUGACUUGCCUCUCCUGUUGCUUGCUACUAGUCUGACUGUUGGAUUCAAUUUGACCUGAUUACUCUGUCUGCAGCCUUGUAUCUGCUGACAGACACCAGCUUACUUCAGAUCCAUGAUCAAAAUGCACACAUUUGCAGAAUUAAUUGCUGUCCUACAGACUGAGAUCACUGGAGGUACUGAUAUAGGUGUGAAUGAAAUGGCUGAUUUGUUGUUAUUGUGUGGGAAAUCCAUGACUCUUAGUAUGAAGAAACUUCUAACCAUUAUAUGGUAUGUAUUAUGGACUGUAUAACUGAAUCUUCAGUAGGGGCAGGAGAACAUUGGCAAUGUAGAUACUGCAGUUGACCAUGGCUACUGUUUUCUGUGGAAAGAGAGAAACUACUGUACUUGCUGGUGCUGGAGGAGACUCUUGAGAGUCCCAUGGACUGCAAGAAGAUCAAACCUAUCCAUUCUUAAGGAAAUCAACCCUGAGUGCUCACUGGAAGGACAGAUCGUGAAGCUGAGGCUCCAAUACUUUGGCCAUCUCAUGAGAAGAGACGACUUCCUAGAAAAGACCCUGAUGUUGGGAAAGAUGGAGGGCACAAGGAGAAGGGGACGACAGAGGAAGAGAUGGUUGGACAGUGUUCUCGAAGCUACCAACAUGAGUCUGACCAAACUGCGGGAGGCAGUGGAAGACAGAAGUGCCUGGCGUGCUCUGGUCCAUGGGGUCCCGAAGAGUCGGACACAACUAAACGACUAAACAGCAACACCUUUACUUGCAGGUUUGUUUCAAGAUUUGGAUCUGGAACACAAUAUCCCAUUGUUUCCCAAAAGAUGGGUCACAGACAGAACUUCCUAGCAAACUCAGUCGUCAGGAACUAGGAGUGGUGGCUAGGAUACAAGGGCAUCUGCUAGCAUUUACUAUCCUACCAACUCCCUGGAAAAGACCCUGAUGUUGGGAAAGAUGGAGGGCACAAGGAGAAGGGGACAACAGAGGACGAGAUGGUUGGACAGUGUUCUCAAAGCUACCAGCAUGAGUUUGACCAAACUGCAGGAGGCAGUGGAAGACAGGAGUGCCUGGCAUGCUCCAGUCCAUGGGGUCACAAAGAGUCGGACACGACUAAAUGACUAAACAACAACAACAAUGAAAUCCUGAGAAACUGGAGGAAGGGAUAAUAAUCAUUGCUUUUUAAGACACAAGUCAUUCUUACACACGUACUGGAAGAAGCAGUAUAGAUCUAAUUCACAGCUCUCAUGACUUUACAAUGCCACAGCACAUCUUUGAAUGAAGACUGAGCAAAAGGAGGUUUGCCUUUCACUUGAGAAUCUACAUGCUUGCUCCCAGGCCUUGCAUAUUUUCAUAAAAAGCAGGUAAUUAAACAAAGCCCAUGCAGUGCUGCAGAUAUUGUUUUUUUAAAAAAAAAAGACUAUGCCAUUUUAGUGCCAGCACCAAAGAAAUCAUUACACUCAUUGUAUAUCUACAGGAUGCUGUCUGGCACAACUGCACCAGGGGCAAACGGCUUCAUGAAACAGUUUGUGCUUUCCUGGAGAUUACCUUAAAACUUGCUUGCUGUGAUCUUGAUGAAUGAAGCGGAUUAUAUAUUGGCUAGGCACCACAUGUUUGAAAGCAGUUUCUGACUCUGAGACUUCGGAACAUCAGUUGUGGCUUGUUUGUUUCAUUUGGUGUCACUAACGUGGCUUGGAAGACAUGACCGGGGUUUGCAAGAGACCACUUGUGAACUGGAUCCGUGCUUAUCUGCACCAGUGAGAGACUGUGGCGGGGAGAGUACGCUAACAAUAGCACCCCUUGUGACCACAGGGACAUGCAGUGUAGAUGGUGCGUAUAAAGACUUCCUUGGCUAAGGUGGCUUUCUCACAUCUAUAUACUUGUGGCUUUCUGGCUGUGCUUGGCGCUUCAGGCCACAUCAAUCACCAGCCCUGCUUUUGACCGACUCCAUCUUGUCAGAAGAAUAGUAGGCUUCCCCAACUCUAGAUUCUGUGCUAACCAGCAAUUUAUCCCACCUUAACCUCAAGGCCUCAAUGCUGCAAUCACGGCUGAACUGUGGUCAAGUUCACAACUGUACUGCAGCAGCAUCGAUGUUAGAUUUUCAUGUGGACUGAGAACAGUGGCGUGCGGUGAAAUUUUUAGCAGGAGAACCGUUAGGGUCACAGGCACCAGCUUGCAAGGGUGAUGGGGGGGAUGACGUUGUACUUAUGACAUCCUGACGUUGUAUGUGUACGCAUCGUGUCUCCCUUCCUAAGUCAGACAGAAGCUUCUUGAGCUUUGGGAAGAAGGUGCCCGGGCUCUGACAGAAUGCUGGAGCCCUCCUGCCUCCUCGCCAUUUGGGAAGGUGGAGGGAGGGCUCUUGAGCCUGUUGGCAGAUGCGCCAAGUUGCUCUCAACAUUGGGGGGCUGUUGUGCAUGCAUGACAUCACACAUGUGCUGCCUCCCAACCCAAUUUAACUGCAGCUAGCAGGGAAACUUAGUCUGGAAGUUCACACAUUAGAAUUGGAGCAUUUACUGUAGGAAUUCCAUUGAAUCAGCUUACAAAGGGACAGGCUUGCAGAAUCUACGGUACUCUAUUUCUAGAACUCUAGGAGGACGGUGUAGAAAUUUUAAUAAUAAUAAUAAUAUAAUUUCCAAUGAAGCAUAUGGAUUUGAAUUUUCUUGCACCUUUUUACACUGGUACAUUGAAGUAUACGCUGAUACAAAUCAUAAUUGUUUUUAUUAUUUAUUAGUAUUCAUAUUUUAAGAUGUCACAGAUUUGGUCUUGUUCUCUUAAAAAGCCAUUGAAGAUAGUGAGAAUCAACAUUUUGUGGCAAUGAAUGCUAGAAGUGUGAAUUGCAUUAAGAAACGUUUCUUUUUAUUUGCUAUAAACCUUCUUCCAGUCAGGUUCACUGAAUUACUUGACAAUCGUGGCUCCACCUUAAUGACUUUAUCUAGCUUUCUGAAUUGCUUUGAUAUUAUAUAGUCCUGCUCAUUGUUAGAAACACAGUUUUUGUUGCACAAGAUAGCUAAAAUCCACUGGGUGCAGAAAGGCAAGAACACCUAGUUUCAGUGGGAAUGGCUUGUUAGUUUCAAGUCAUGCUUGAAGAAAGAAUAUCAACAAGACACACACAGAGAGAGGGGGGUGGGAUAUGUUCUUAUUGCUUAAGGCCAGUGAAGAUUUUUUUACAGAUGACUUGAGCUAAAUGCCAGAAUCUAAAUUAUUUGGGACAAAUUCAAAAAAGGUAGUUGUGAUUGUUGUUUUCACUGCAACACAUGAAGAAUUCGAUGGAGUAUUAUUUGGGACUCUUAAUAUUUCCUGCACUCAUAUUCUGGCAGUGUUUUUUCAAGAAAUAAUAAAGCAACUUACAUGAUGCGAGUGUCCUAUCUAGAGGUUUGUUCGUAAGUCACAGUUAAAAAGCUUUUCUGACUCCUCUUGCAUCACUUAUCACUUCAGGGAACAACUAAUAUGAGGCAAGAAUAUUCACAGAUAUCCUAAGAAUACCAAUUUUGUCCUCAGUGGAAAGUUGGCUCAUGAAUCUCAAUUACCAAUUAAAAAGAGUAAAAUGCCCACCUAUGUUUAACCUUUUGAAAUGAAAAGAAAAAUCACAUUACUAUUUAUGAUGUCCUGCUUAGAAAAUCAGAACUAUUCAAUUAAAGCAACUUUAAAGGAAAUAUGCAAACCACUGUAAGCACAGCUGAAUCUGUUAAAAUUGUACUCAGAGAUGAAUAAGACUCUCCUUUACUGAGCUCUGUAUGGGGGCUUAAUAAUCAAGUGAAUUGUGACUGGGGAGUCUUUCCCACACUUCCAGGCUGAAGUGUGAUGUUAACUCCACCAGUUAGAUCAGCAUAGCUGUCAACUUUUCCCUUAUCUUGUGAGGAAUCCUAUUCGGAAUAAGGGAAUUUCCCUUAAAAAAGGGGAAAGGUUGACAGCUAUGUAGAUCGGGGGUCCGCAAAGCAUCGUGUUUUUAUGAACUUAAUAGCUCUAUGUUUUCCCUAUGUUUCACUAGGUCCAUGAGCUUUGCCAAAAGUGAGAAUUUCAAAAAAAUGUUGCCCCCAGAGCACUGAAGCAUUCUAAUUCUUGUUGUUAAAAAACAUUAUCAGGUGGUUGUUUUUUCCAAAAGUUAAAAGUUUCAUUAUUAUUAUUUGAUUUUUAAUCCUAUGAUGCUCUGCUUUUACAACAGCAGCAGCAGCAGCAACAACAACAACAACAACAGUACUCAUCACAACUUCAAAGGCAACAUUUAAGAAAGCCACAAGUUUUAAAGCCUAUUGGAGGACAAAAACAAGCAUUGGAAAUGCCAGUGUGAAACUGUAGAGUUUAAGAAAAUAAACAAGCAGAAAUGUUCUCCCUCCUCUUCUGCUGUGUGUGGAAGGGAGAUGGCGGUGUAUUUUAUUUCACUUACUUCAAAUUAUGGUAAGCCAGUUCUGCUGCGGGGCCCUGGACCUCUUCCCCAAACAGCACUCUGGUGGCAUCACUGAAUGGAUACUGAAAUGAGAGCAUUAAUCUUAACUUUUGAUUUCAAUAUAAACUUCAUAUAGUGUACUGUUUGGGCAAAAACAUCACUACCUGUUGAGCCACCCCUGUUCUUUUGUAAAUGUGCAGGACACUAAUAGUUUCUCAGUUAUGUUUUAGGGCAAGGAGCCAUAGCUCAGUGGUAAGACAGAUGCUUUUCGUGCUUGUCAUGGUCACUUGUGACAUCUUCAGCUAAAGGUAGCAGGUGAUGGGAAAACACGAGCCUCUGCUCAGAGGGCUUCUGCCAGUCACAACAAUAAAUACUGGUCUAGACGGGCAGAUAAACUGACCUGCUUUCAGGCAGCUUGGAACGCGUGCGUUUCCUUUUGCAGGAAUUGGAGACCUGCAACAAAAAAGAUACUUCAUGAGUCGAUGCUUCCAAGGAUUGAUUUAUGCAACUGCUGACCUCCCUCUUGAUAACACAUGACCUCAUUUAUCAUUUUAGUCACGACACAUACUUUUCUCUGUCCUUACUUGAACCUGGCAGGCUUCUUUGUCCAAGCCCCUGUUUAAUGAAUUAGCCUGCAGUCAAGCUUAUCUGAUUUUGAAGAAACUAGUGCAUCAAUUACAAACGGAAUUGUGUUUCAACGGCUGGUCCAAGUCAUGCAAAUCUAGAUCUGUACCUGAAGCACUUCCAAUUGAGCGUUCAUAGGGUGGUUACAUUGGCCAACAUUCCACUAAAGGUAAUGAAUUAUUAUCCACGUUUUUACUAAAGCAACUGCCAAAAGAUCUAUGAUCAGAAUACUUCCAUUUUUGGGGGGGAGGGGGAACCUGUGACUAUUACCAUUUACCUUGAAGGUAACUAACCUCCAACGGUUGUUACUGAAUUCGCAUCAGUCCAUAGUAGCCCAACAGUAUUUGCAGGACAGCAGAUUAAUCACCCCAAACAUUUAUAUUCUGUGUUCUGUCCUUUAUUAAAAACACACACAAACACACACUUCUGCGUGUCCUGUACAUCAAGACAAAAGAGCAAGCAUCUAUUUUCAGAUACCCCAAUAUUGCCAAACUAUAUGAGUAGGGUUGGGCGAAUCUGUUGAUUUCAGUUUCCCUUGUUUUUUCAUUUUUCAAAACUUAAGUUCAGUUCUCCACAUCUCCACAUUACUUUGAUUUUAUAUUUUUAAAAGUCUGUGUGAAAGUCCUCCUUCACAAGUGGCUAGGCUGUGAAUGCAGCAGUAGCUCAACUGCUUUACAGAGUCCUAGUGGCAGAAGUGGGGAGUUGUAAUUAUUCUAUUAGAUAAAUUUGAUGAUGAUGAUCAUGAUGAUACAUUUAUUUAUACUCUCCUUUUUUCCCUGCGGAACUCAAAGUAGCUUACGUAUAAAAGCAAGAAUGGCUAAAAACAUAGAAGAAACAAUCAAUUAAAAACCAUUAAACACUGAUAUAAUGAAAACUAUAUGCAUAUAUAAAAUCUUGUUUAAAAUAUACAAAUACAGUGGACCCUCUGGAUAUGAAUGUAAUUCAGUCCAGAGGUCCGUACAUACCCCAAAAAAUCCCCAAGUAGAGGUGCCGCUUCUGCGCAUGUGCGCGGUGUGAUAGAGCAUUUCUGCGCAUGCGCGCAGUGAAACCCAGAAGAAUACAUUCUGGGUUUGCCACAUUCACAACCCGAAGGUAACGUAACCUGAGGGUCCACUGUAAUUACAAUAAAAACAACAUGGCACCAGUCCUUUCAUUAAAAGCAGUCAGUUCCGCUAAACCUGUCAGAGCAAGAACGUCUUCACCAGGACAACUAAGAAGAAGCUAAUCUAGCUUCUCCAGGGAGAGGUUUCCAGAAUCUGGGAGAAGCUCCCAAGACAACCGUUUCCCGCAUCCUCACCAAAUGUGCCUGUGAGGGUGGGAUUGACAGAAGCGCCUCCCUUGAUAAUCCCAGGUUUGUCUCCUAGAUGACCUUUUAGAAAUGACACCACAUUCAGAUUCUGCUUGUGCAAGCUGUGCUAGUCCACUUUUUUUUUUAAUAACGAAAAGCAGAGAAAAAUAAGCUGACCAGAGGUGGGGCAGAUCCAGACGGCUGAGGAUAGGAUGGCACCUCUGUUGGUUUCUGUAUGCAGAGAACACUGAGUCUAUGCAGCUCCAGAUAAAAUGUUUAAAGUGUGUUUUAAGUGCAAUAUGCAAUGUGACACUAGAUGGCGGUGAUGAUCCUUAUGGAAAAUUCAGUGUAUUUUCAGAGCGGUUUUUAUAUGUGUCUGUUGCUGUCAUUUAGUCAUGUCCGACUCUUUGUGACCCCAUGGACCAGAGCACGCCAGGCACUCCUGUCUUCCACUGCCUCCCGCAGUUUGGUCAAACUCAUGCUGGUAGCUUCGAGAACACUGUCCAGCCAUCUUGUCCUCUGUCGUCCCCUUCUCCUUGUGCUUUCAAUCCUUCCCAACAUCAGGGACUUUUCCAGGGAGCCUUCUCUUCUCAUGAGGUGGCCAAAGUAUUGGAGCCUCAGCUUCACGAUCUGUCCUUCCAGUGAGCACUCAGGGCUGAUUUCCUUCAGAAUGGAUAGGUUUGAUCUUCUUGCAGUCCAUGGGACUCUCAAGAGUCUCCUCCAGCACCAUAAUUCAAAAGCAUCAGUUCUUUGGCGAUCAGCCUUCUUUAUGGUCCAGCUCUCACUUCCAUAUGUGUCUAGAUUCCACCUAAGUUUAGCCAAAGCACGCUUUGGAGAAUUCUCUGUCUGGGAGAAACACAGCAAUGUGCUACGGCUGCUGCCUCUGUGGUCUGCCUCCCCGCCCUUCCCAUUUCUGUCUUCAACAGUGAGAGAAAAAAAUGAAAGUGCCAGAACUGAGGUAGCCACAGAGCUCUCUCAUAUUUGACUGUCGGAUGAGCACACACUGUGAGCGGACAGAGAGGGAAAGCAGCCAUUCGUACUGAAUGAUGGUGAUAGGUGCAGGUGACACAAGAAGUGAUGGGCAAACCAUCCUUAGGAUAUUUAUUUUCCAGCCUCCUUGCUGUAUCCACACGCUUUUUAGAGCAUUAACGACCACAGCAUUCACUGCCUCUUGAUUUAGAUCUUGCUCAGAAAGCAAACCACAGGAAAUGCAAAACCACAUUCUCACUUUGUCAUGCAGUUGGUUGAAAGUUAGCUCAGAGAAGGAAGAUGAUCACACAGACGUGAGUCAAACAAAACACUGUUUCUUUACUCCCACCCCCACAGUAUUAUGGUUGAAUUCCCCCUCCAUUUUCUACUGUCUGGUUCAUUUACUCUGUGAUAAAGAACACAGGAUUUGGUGCCGAGUAAGAUAAAGAUAAAGAUAAAGGGAUGCGGGUGGCGCUGUGGGUUAAGCCACAGAGCCUAGGACCUGCCGAUCAGAAGGUCGGUGGUUCGAAUCCCCACGAUGGGGUGAGCUCCCGUUGCUCGGUCCCUGCUCCUGCCAACCUAGCAGUUCGAAAGCACAUCAAAGUGCAAGUAGAUAAAUAGGUACCGCUCCGGCGGGAAGGUAAACAGCGUUUCCAUGCACUGCUCUGGUUUCGCCAGAAGCGGCUUAGUCCUGCUGGCCACAUGACCCGGAAGCUGUACGCUGGCUCCCUCGGCCAAUAAAGCGAGAUGAGCGCCGAAACUCCAGAGUCGGUCACAACUGGACCUAAUGUCCUGGGGUCCCUUUAUCCUUACCUUUAAGAUAAAUACUUACAGGCUGCUUUUAAACCAGCAAUUAUUAUCUGGCGAUUUCUGCAUUAAAAAAUAAAUAAAGUUCAGAAACGACUUGAUCUGAUAAUAGUGGGCACAUAAAUGCGCAGCAUGUAUGCACAAACUUUUUCAAGAACACAUUUCACUUGCACAUGCAAACUGCAGUACAUGUAUGCCUUAUCUUUCACAGUAAUGUAUCCAGUUGUAGGUCCUAAGUAACACUCCUAGGGAUAUUUACUCUUAAUCCAGUUGGAUUCAGUAGGGAUUACUGUCAAGUUUAUAAGAACGGAAGAAUAAUAGAAUCAUAGAAUCAUAGAGUUGGAAGAGACCACAAGGGUCAUCGAGUCCAACCCCCUGCCAAGCAGGAAACACCAUCAGAAGAGCCUGCAGGAUCAGGCCAAUGGCAGAUCUAGUCCAGCAUCCUGUUCUCACAGUGGCCAACCUGUGGAACCCCCAAAGGAGGACGUGAGCACAGCAGCACAUGCCCCUCUUGCGAUUCCCAACACCUGGUAUUCAGAAGCAUACUGCCUCAGACAUGGAGCCAGAGCACAGCAGUCAUGUUUAGUAGCUAUUCAUAGCCUUUACCUCCAUGAAAUUGUCUAAUCUACUUCUAAUCCAAAUUGGUGCCCAUCGCUGCUCCAUAAUUUUAACUAUGUACUGAGGAGGUGUUUUUGUCUUUCCUGAAUCCCUCAACAUUCUACAGUGGUACCUCAGGUUAAGUACUUAAUUCGUUCCGGAGGUCCGUUCUUAACCUGAAACUGUUCUUAACUUGAAGCACCACUUUAGCUAAUAGGGCCCACCACCGGAGCAUGAUUUCUGUUCUCAUCCUGAAGCAAAGUUCUCAUCCUGAAGCAAAGGGAGGUGUGAGGAGGUCAGGGAAACAAGCAUAUGAAAGAUACGUCAUGGGAAGGCUCGAUUUGUCUUCUUCUUUUUUUUGUAUGUUGUUUUUAAGUGUUCUUAUUUCCUUGUUUUUUAUUGUGAUGUGUUGUUUUACUAUUGUCUAAUCUGGUGUUUUUUUUGCUUUCUGUUUUCUUUUGUCUUUUUGUAAACUUAAAAUCUUAAUAAAUACUAUUUAAAAAAAAAAAAAAGCAAAGUUCUUAACCCAAGGUACUAUUUCUGGGUUUGCGGAGUCUGUAACCUGAAGCAUCUGUAACCCGAGGUACCACUGUACUUCAUUGCAUCUCCACGAGUUCUAGAGUUAUGAGGGAGAAGAACUUUUUUCUGUGCACUUUUUCUAUGUCCUGAAUAACUGCAUGCACUUCUGUCAUGUCGCCUUCUCUCAAGUACUUGGGCACAUGAUAGCUUCCAGACUGGCAGCUCCUAGCACUGCUAAUAAUUUCUAUGGUGCUGUUGCUGUGUGUGGAAUUGCAACUGACUCUUCACUCUUUGGGGAUAGGGUGCUCUUUUCAGUUUGUAUAUCCCUCUGUCUCCUGUCCAUAUAGGCAGUUAUGGUAUGGCCAUGCAGUCUGGGAAGGGACACUUCACCUGAAUUUGCCAUUGCUUUCAUCUAUUUUCCUCCAGUCAAUUUAUAUAUAUACAGUCAUACCUCAUGUUACGUCCGCUUCAUGUUACGUUCUUUCAGGUUAUAUCCGGCGGUGACCUGGAAAUACCGGAAAGGGUUACUUCCGGGUUUUGCCGCUUGCACAUGCACAGAAGCGGCAAAUCACAACCCGCGUGUGAGCAAACGCACUGCUGCGGGUUGCGUUCUUUUCAUGUUGCAAACGGGCCUCCAGAACCUCUGUGUGUGUGUGUGUGUGUGUGUGUGUGUGUGUGUGUGUUCAAUUUCUCCUAGAGCACUUUCUAAUUUGUGGUAAAGCACUUUUUAUUUAGGCCAUGCUCCAUGAUUACAAUAACUUCUUUAAGAAGUGGGCUAAGUGUUGGCACUAAUUAACAGAUUGCCAGGCAGGGGGAAUAUGUGGUGCUAAAAGGUGCUGACUGAAAAUUACCUAAUUCUCAGACCUGGGAACACCAUCCCAAAGGACUUACAUCUUGUUGUCACUUGGUUUCAAUAUUGCCAAACAACCAGUCCAUCACUGCAUCCAGACACUGCUCUGGGGGCCUGCAUGCUCUCACCUGUCUCAGGUGACAUGGAGAAAUAGAUCUGGGAUUUAUCUGCAUAUUGACACUGAAUAGCCGCUCUCUAUUCGCGCACCUUUAAGGGGUGCUUGCUUGAUGUCAUACACCUUGCAGAUUUUCCAUGUUCAGCUUCCUUCACCCACAUCCUCAGAUAAUCUAACUUUUUAGUGAACUUUAACAGCUGUACCAUUUCCCCAGGUGUAGGCAGCCUUUCACACAGCUAUUCUGUUCUAUGGAUUCCUAGAGAGAAACCAUUUGUCAAUUUCACCUCAUUCCCCCCCUUCAACAAGCAGCUGGACUUGCUGCAGUAAUGGUGGGGGGAAAGUCUUCUCGGUUUCACUUUGCAAAAAUGUGCCCUGCUUCUGUCUAAUAUAUCUGCCUUUUGGAAGAGAAAAAAAUCCCAUCUUCUCCUGCACCUGGAGCAAUGAUGGUAGCCAGGGCUCGAGCUGCAAUUUCCACAGCAACAGCAGGAGAACAGGAGAAGGGAGGAUAAAGUUUUCUAAGAAGCCGCAGUAGCAGGCCUUGUAGUUAAGGGGUUGGGGUAGGGCCAUUUCUCCAGUGCAACAGUCGCUCUGUGAAGAAAGUCUAUUGCACAAGGGAUGGAAAUUGUACAGUUACCACCUAUCGGAGCCGAUAGUAGACUAUUCUGAGUUAGCUGCUUUUUUAAGUUUCCUGAUUCAUAGGUCGUCAUCAUAAGGGUUGGCUGGCAAAAACUUACAGGCGGGUGAAAUAAAUGUUUCAUUUCCCCAAACAUGAGAGUUUCUUUCUUUUAACUCCUUCACGAGACUGAUAGUCAUCAAGCACCAUAAGGGAAAGUUGAAAGGGACUUUGAUGAGAGUGAAAGCUUUGAGAGGUAAACAGGUGGGGUCCACGCAGUGAGAGCUGUUUGACAGUGGAAGACUCCCAUGAGAGGUGGUAGACUCUACUUCCUUGGAGGUUUAUAAGCAGAGAUUGGAUGGCUAUCUGUCAUAUAUUAUCUAGUUUAGAUUCCAGCAUUGAAGGGGGUUGGACUAAAUAGCCCUCAAGGGCCGUUCCAACUCUACAAUGCGAUGAUUCUUCGAUUCCCCGCUCCCUUUCCUGAGUGGUGAAAGAACAAGCAAACAAACCAGAGGAAGUGUAAACUAUUUCCUUUUCACGAAAGCCAUAAAGCUGACUCAGGGCAAUCGUUUUUCUUCUUAAAAUUUGAGUUCAGCAGCAGCCUGGACAACAAUACCCUCCAUUUUAAUGUCUUCCAUAUCCGGUUCACAUCUCUGGUGUAUUAUGUACAAGGAUUUAUUUUCUUCUAGGGAUGGGGUUCUGUCUGCGAGAUGCAACAGCGGCAGAAGUGCUGGAAGCAUCUCUGACAGCUGAGUUAUGGGAGUGAGAGGAUGAUUGGAAAAGGGAGCAAAACGGGGGAGGUUUGAGACGGUGGGCAACCGAUUAAUGUAUCUUAAUGCAGCCCAAUCAAAAUGGCAGGCAAUUUCUGCCAGUCACUGAUGCUUCUGCACAAAAGCUAAUAGAUUCUCCGAAGCGCAUUGUGGAAAGGGGAAGCGCUAUUCUCUCCUUUUGUUCCUUUAACAAGAGAGCCUUGGGAAGAAUAGUCCCUCACUGAAAACAGAUUCAGUGUUUCCAGACUUCAAAGAGCACAGGUUUCUUUAACAUUAACAAGCUUCAGCUUUUGUAUCUCACAGUGAAAGGACAUUUUGCAUCGCUCAAAAUCCUUUGGGGAUGCGGCUGCAUUUACUCAGCAUGUUAAUUGCAAAACAAUGCAGAAUUUAGAUUUUUUGUGGGUGUCUUCUGUCAAAAAAAAAAAAAGAGCACGGAGCAAAAAAAGCAGGAGGAUGGUUAUUCAUUCUGUGGGGAGCAAAUGAGAAUGUGUAAAAAACCAGGGACUUCCUUGGAAAGAAUCUCAAUCUUCCCCACCAAGAAGACCCUAAUUAAAAUUAGAAGAGACCAAUGAAACAAUCUGCAUCUUUGUUCUUUUCCUGGUGUUCCUGCACACUUUCUCGUUUCUGUCUUCAUUACGGGCAGUGCUUUAGUUUCACAUCAGCCCUCUUGUAAGGGGCACCACCUGCCUGCUUUUAUGAAACUGUUGAGCAACUGAAAAUAUUAGGUUCACUAGGUCAGCUUGGAGGCAUAAUAAAAAUAAUGAAAGUCAUCCCCCCUCAUUUUUGGAAGAAGCUAUCUGUAAAUUAGAGCUGCACUAACUGUUCAUCCAUUAACAUGUUCAAAGGGUGGGGAAAUGGUGCUUUUGGGUGCUUUCAGUCACUGUUCUCACUGCUGUGUCUGUGGGUUUGUUUGUUUGUUAAGGACUGCUUCCUAGGGUGAUCCCAUCCAAAACCAAUUGCCCUCAUUCUGAUUUUUGUUUUUAACUUGUUUUUCACCUUUUUAUGUCUUUACUGAUUGGUUUUAUGUUCUAAUUGUCGUAAGCUACUUUUGAUAUCUUUUUUGUGGUACAGUGGUGUAUAUGUGUGGGUGUGUAUGUGAAUAUAUAUAAAAUAAAAUCCUGAAUAUCCCCCCUCCAGUGUUGACAGCAAUAGCCCAGUUCAUAUGUUCAAUCUAGGUACAAUGAACGUGUUGAGGAGAGAGGUUUGCCUUGCCCCUGCCGUGGUCACAUAGCUGGUUGUGUGAACAGAUCCAACAUAUCAUUUACAGGUUGCGCAAAAGUAGGAUCUGUUCACGCAACCAAAAUCUGACUCCUCGUAAUGUACCCAUUCAUGAUACACACAGGUCCCGCUAUCUGCCUGCUUGUUAUGUGAAAAUUCAUCUAGCCAAACAUAAAUAAUUAUGCCCAAACCUUGCUGUGCACACUGCACAUUCAGCCAGAGUUUGCCCGCUUCUUCCAAAAUAACAGAUUUUUACCCCGUAGUGGUCUCUUGCUGCAAGGGCAUUUUGGUCCAGCUCCAAGUGACCUCAUCUCAGUAGGUAACCCAUUCGGUACCCCAUAAGCCAACAGGUGCAAUGUUAUGCAGUCAGCUCUAAUACUAAUAGUAAGGUUGUGUAAAAUGGAGACACUCUUUGUAGUCCGCACACAAACUAUAUCUAUUGCAUAUUUUUUUGCCCCUGAAAUGUGCUUAAGAGACUGGUUUCAUUACAGAAAUUAAAAUGUGUUGUAGAUUGAUUACUUCAGUGUGUCCAUUUGAAAAUAGAUGUAGGUGGUCUCAGCUACUAGCAUCACAAUCUUCUCUUCCUUCUUCAUGUACGUCUGGGCAUGAACAGAGAGGAGAAAACAGGUAUGGCCUAAUCAAGGGGAGGGUUGUCAAAUGCAUAUCUUGCAUCUGCACCUACCCUUCUCUGUAGCAGGCGCUGGAAACUAGAUUGAAAGCAUCAGGCUAUGGAUGAGCGUGAAUUAUUCCAGAUUGGGGGAAAACUGUAUUUUUGUGUUAUAAAUUGAUUAGUGUGUUUGCAGCCUAAAGUGCAGCAGUUGUUGUAUCUGAAAUAUGUCUUUAUUUAUUUAUUUAUUUAUUUAUCUAUCUAUCUAUCUAUCUAUCUAUUUCAGCAGAAUAUUGAUAAGUGCCAUCUUUUUCUUUUUUUAAACAUCUUUUAUUAAAGAUUUAUUGGUUUACAAAAGUAUGUGCAAUGUCUCUUUUUUCAAGUUACAUUUUCUAUAGAUCAGUUUCAUUUGUUUAGACAUUAGUGUUACAUUAGGAAGAAAAGGGGGGAAAGAGGUGGAGGGGGCCAUGGUGAGUGGGGGUAGGGUGGGGUGGCAAUGCUUGUGUUCUGCUUAAUGUAUGUGUGGGGUUUUGUGUCAGCGUCGCUUGUGCUGGUUCUCUUUACUAUUCUCUUGUAUUCCUUCAGUGGUGAGACAGGUUGGGGUUGGCCUAGGGCAGCCUUUCUCAACCUGUGGGAAGGCCAGAGCUCAGGGUUGAUGGGAGUUGUAGUCCAACAACAUCUGGGGACUCACAGGUUGAGAACCGCUGGCCUAGGGUAUGGUUGUUGGUUUGUGAUUAGCUGUGGUGAACUUUGUUUUCAUGUGUGAGUGGGGGUUUUUUAAAAUCAGGUUAGCCAGAUUGAUUCGUAUGCUGUUAGUGGAUUCUUGUUGUUGUCUUGUUGGGCUGUGUAUGUGAUAAAGGGGAGCCAUACCGGGGUGAAGGUGUCGUCUUCUAUUUGUCACCGUGGCAGUUACAGUUUAUUGGUUAUUUUUUCUAAUAAGGCUGUUUUCCAUACUAUUUGAUACCACUGGUCCAUGCUUACUCCUAAAAGGUCUCUCCAGUGUCUGGCUAAGAUGUUUCUGGCUGCUGAGAGUAGGUGGGUUAUGAGCUCUUGCGUGGGCAUUAUUAUCUUGGAAAGUGCCAUUUCCUUUCUUGAUAAAUUUCCUUUUCUUCUACAGCUAAAUGAUACUCUUUGUCUGCUAAAAAAAAAAAACUACAGCAGCAUACUUGUUUAUGACCACAGUAUAACCUCUUCAUAGUUGUACAAUUUUCUGUCGUCCACUGACAUGUGGUAAGCAGACCGUGUGCUUGGUCUGGGUUUCAUGGCAAUUUUUAUUAUCAUUAUUAAUAAUAAUUUGUAUGCUGCCUUUCAUCCGAUGAUCUCAGGGUGGUUCACAACAGAAAAAGACAAAAUUACAGUACAAAAUAUACAAUAACACAAACACAAACCAAUAACAACCCCCCCCCACACACAUAUUUUAAAAGCCAUAGAAUGUUAAUCAGCCAAAGGCCUGGCUAAUGAGAAACAUUUUCACCUGGUGCCUAAAUACAUGUAACGAAGGUACUAGGCAUGCCUCCCUGGGGAGAGCAUUUCACAAAUGGGGAGCCACCACAGAAAAGGCCCAUUCUCAUAUGGACACCCCCAGACCUCUCAUAGAAGAGGCCCAUGAAGACGAGCCUCAGAUGAUUAUUGCAUCAUAUGGUGAUAGUCCUUGAGGUAUUGCAGUCCUGAGCUACUUAAGGCUUUAUAGGUCCAAACAUAGCACUUUGCAUUGGGCCCAGAAACUAAUUGGCAGCCAGUGCAGUCAGGCCGGAAUUGGUGUAAUGUGCUCAGUCUUGCCCUGGUGAGCAACUUGGCCACCAAAUUCUGCACCAGCUGAAGUUUCCAAACCAUCUUCAGAGGCAGUCCUAUGUAUAAUACGUUGCGGGAAUCUAACCUAGAGUUUACCAGAGAAUAGAGAACAAUAGUUAGGCUACCGCUGUCCAGAUAGGGGUGCAGCUGGGCCACCAACCAAGGCUGAUGGAAGGCACUCUGUACCUCAAGUGACAGCAAAGUAUCCAGAAGUAUCUGUAAGCUAUGUACCUGCGCCUUCAGAGGGAGUGCUUUGCAAACAAGUCACAGUGAGCUACUGUUGGUUCUACCACCUCUUUGGACCAGACAAUGGAGGCAGCAUAAUGUGUCUUCUAUGCUGCCUUCACUGUCACCAAGUAGGCUCAGUCAUGAGCCUCCACCAGUGUUUGUUUUAUUGCUGAGUUCGUCUGCAGCAUAAUGUAGAACAUUAAAAACUAGGCCCAGAGUUAAAAUCAGAGUGCCAUACUUAUGAUACAAACCUGCUCAGCAUGUCUGUACCACUGCUCACAGCAACCUUUGCUUAACACCUCUAGAAGAAAAGAGUUGGUCAUAUUCCAGGGAUAGAUAUAUAUCUCUUUUUGCCCAUAAUUCCAAUAGAUUGAUUAUAUAACUGAAGCCUUUUAUCAUUAUGAUGUGUUUACUUCUACUUUGUGCUUUCCUAAUGCAGCCUGGAUGUGAUCAGUCUCAUUUAAUGUUUUGUCCAAAUACCUGCUCAGUACAGCAGCUUCCGAUGCCUGCGGCAUGGUUGAAUUACUGCUCUUUAAAGCAUUAAUUUAGAAGUGGAGAUAGCCACUGUGGGUGUUUCUUAUCAUAAGAACACCGCUGUUUUGAAGGUACAUAUAUCUUCAUGCAGUGGGCAGUUUAAAGUAAAUUGGGAGAAUUUAAUAAUUGAGUUGAACAACACAAAGCAAUGAAUCUCUGAGCAUUUUGUAGUGUGGCAGGGGAAGGGUUCUUAUAUGCUUCUAUAACAAAAUAAUAAGAGCCCUGCUGGAUCAGUCCAAAGUACCAGCAUCCUGUUCUCACAGUGGCCAACCAAAUGCCAAUGAGAAGUCCACAACCAGGAUAUGGGUGUAACAGUUCUCUCCACUUGUGAUUCCCAGCCACUUAUCGUAUUUUUCGCUCUAUAGGAGGCACUUUUCCCCCUCCAAAAAUUAAGGGGAAAUGUGUGUGCGUCCUAUGGAGUGAAUGCAGGCUCCUUGGCUUCGGCGAUAGCAACGUGAAGCGCAGCGGGAACUCUCCUGGCUUCAGCAGAGAGGGAGAGCUGUGCAGCGCCCCUUCAACCAAGCGGGAGGAGAAACGGAAGGGGCUCCGUUUCUCCUGCCGCUUCGCUGAAGGGGCGCCGAGCAGAGAGGGGGAGAAUUUUUUUUCUUGUUCUCCCCCUCUAAAACAAGGUGCGUCCAAUGGUCAGUGCGUCCUAUAGAGCGAAAAAUACGCUAUAUUCAGAGACAUACUUCCUCCAGCAGAAGAGGCAAAUCAUAGCUGUUGUGGCUGGUUGCUGUUGAUAGCUUUAUCCUUCAUGAAAUGGUCUAAUCUUCUUUUAAACCCAUCCAAGCUAGUGCCCAUCACUACUUCCAAUGCGAGCAAAUUCCAUCGCUUUACUAUACACCGUGGAGAAAUAUUUUGUUUUUUCUGAACCUUCCACAGGAUGACACUGAGGUAUAGUAUUAUGAGAUACAUAACAUACACCUCUAUCACGUUCUCCGUUAUCCACCAUUUCCCAAACUACGGAAGCCCCCAAUGUUUCCUCAUAGGGGAGCUGCCUCAUAGGGGAAUUGAGGGGCACCAGUUGGACCAACGCACAAAAUGGGAGCAUGAAAAUUCCCUUUGACAGGGAAAUCAGACAUUAAGAAGGGAAUAACGGAAAAUGUUGGGGUGCAGGGGCCAAUUGGUGGAAGGUCACAGGAGUCACUACAUGAUGUUUUAGUAACCUUUAAAAAAAAUACCAUUCACUUUGUAAUAAUAAUAAUAAUUUACAGUGGUGCCUCGCAAGACAAAAUUAAUUCGUUCUGCGAGUUUUUUCGUCUUGCGAGUUUUUUCGUCUUCCGAAGCACGGUUUCAAUUUUUUCAAAAAAAUCUUCAAAAACCUCAAAAAGGCUACCACACCGCAUGCUAUGAGUUGCUCCCCGAAGUCAAGUCGCAACUGCACCUCUUCAAGCAAUGCACCCUGUAUUACUGUAACAGUUUUAAGAAAAAGGAAACAAACUUGCAAGACGUUUCCGUCUUGCGAAGCAAGCCCAUAGGGAAAUUCGUCUCGUGAAGCAACUCAAAAAACCAAAAACUCUUUUGUCUUGCGAGUUUUUCGUCUUGAGAGGCAUUCGUCUUGCGAGGUACCACUGUAUUUAUACUCCACCCAUCUGGCUGGGUUUGUAAGCCUGCUUUAUAAUGUGUACUAAUGGUGUUUCUUUUCUCUUCCUCCCCCACCUAAUAAUAAUAAUAAUAAUAAUAAUAAUUACUUGUGAACACUUCUGUAAUGAGUUGGGCCUUAGGAAACCCAGCUUCAAAUCCCUACAUGCUUUUGAAAGCAAUGCAUUUCAAUUUAAAGGAGUGGCUUUUUAGAUUUAAUUAAUAAUUGGUCUCUGUGGCUAUCUCAUGUUUUUCCAUCCACAGCUGUUCAUUUUUCCAAAGGCUCUUUGCUACCAAAUGCAGCUUGGGAGUCAUCCAUUUAUUUAUUUAUUUUGUAACAGCUGCCGCUACAUUUCUUUCAGGGCUGCAGCCUUAAAAGAUUUCAAACUGAACAUACACCUGUGGAAUUUGACCAAGAUUUCUUAAUCUUGACAUCAGACAUCAGAUUCAUGAAAUCCCACACUAGUACAUUCUUAGGCCAUAGCUGCCACCACAAUCUAUGGUAACAUUUCAUUGAUUUCCAUACAAGUACUCCAGAGUAGAGGUGAAGCAGCCAUUGGUUUGCUUUACAUAUUAGGAGACAUAUUCACGUUUCUCUGAAUUGUGCAAUACAGGGUUUUUUUUCCAACCAAAGAAUGCACUCAAAAAUGUGUAUUUUAGUGUAAAGUGCAUGCUAAAAUACAUUCUGUUAUGGGUAACUUGCCUGCACAAAUGCUUAUACUACGCAACACUGCAUACAAAAAUGUGUCUAUUGGAAGAGAUUGCAUGAAAGUGCAUUCAAAUAUUCAUGUAGACUUUUGAAAAAGAAUUGUAGAUGUAUGUGGAAAUGGGAUGCGCUGAAAACAGGAUUGGAAAAAUGAGAAACCAAGGUAGACUUAUUUGCCUAACCCUACCCUAGGUUAGAGGGACGCGGGUGGCGAUGUGGGUUAAACCACAGAGCCUAGGAAUUGCUGAUCAGAAGGUCAGCGGUUUGAAUCCCCGUGACGGGGUGAGCUCCCGUUGCUCGGUCCCUGCUCCUGCCAACCUAGCAGUUCGAAAGCACAUCGAAGUGCAAGUAGAUAAAUAGGUACUGCUCUGGCAGGAAGGUAAACGGCAUUUCCGUGUGCUGCUCUAGUUUGCCAGAAGCGGCUUAGUCAUGCUGGCCACAUGACCCAGAAGCUGUACGCCGGCUCCCUCGGCCAAUAAAGCGAGAUGAGCGCCGCAACCCCAGAGUUGGUCACGACUGGACCUAAUGGUCAGGGGUCCCUUUACCUUUACCCUAGGUUAAGUAAAUGGUAUGCUUGAAAAGUGCUAUUCCUAGAAAUGCCUGUUGGUUGUAAACUAUAAACUGGAGUAUCCAAAGCAGUGUUCAGUUUAUAGGGGGAAAGGUACAGAGUUGCUUGAUGAACUCUACCUCCUGACUCCCCUUAGUUUUUAGCCAAAUCAUAGCCUAUCUACCAAUAUUCUAUAAAUGUGUCACCAUAGAGGCCUGACCCCUUAUAAUUCAGGCAUUUAUCUGCAGAGUCUCAAAGCAUCGAGAGUAUUUCACUGCUUUCAGAGAAACAACAUCUUUUCCUCACUCCCAUGGUUGAGCAAAGGUAUAAGAUUAAUGCUUCUAUUCAUCCUAACAUCCUUUAUGAAGCUCCAUGGUGACCUGCUAAAAAUGGUGGGGAGGAGCAUUGCUAUCAGGAUAGACCAUAAAAGCUUCAUUCAGCACCCAAACCGAAGUCAGGAAAACCCUCCUGUUUUAGAAAUAAUCCAUUUUAGCCACACUGAUGCUUUUGUGAACCAAUGGUUACAUCCAUGCUUUGGGGAGACAAUUACCAAUCUGUGAAAUAACAUCUUGUGACUGGCUUUUGGCAGGCUAUGAAGGGGAACUCUGUGGAAAAAUCGACAGAGGGUCAUUUUUUCAUUAACCUUUCGUAUGUCUCCCUUAAUAUCUGAAAAUAUAGGAAGUAACUCAGUACUCCUUCAGCCAUCUAAAAUUAUACUGAAUCUAAUUGGGUUUCUAGGUACUUUGGAAGAUCAGGAGCUGAAACUGAAUUGGCAGUAGAUGGCAAACUGCCAGAACAAAGUCAAACGUGCCAUUCUCAAAGCUUUGAAAACAUUUUAAAAGGAAAGUGAGGGAGAGGGGUACAAAAGGCCCCUGUGGAACUGCUUGGAAUUGUAGUUCCAAGCCUUAGCUGGUGAAGACUAGAACUAACCAGCAGUAAAAUGUGGGCGACUGAUUUCUUUCAGAUGAAUGCGUAUCUGGGAGGGAGGGAUGCUCCCACCCCGGAUGAAUAAUAAUUCCCAGCUUUCAUUUCUUUAAAGAAAAAGUUUCUAGCAUAUGUUGAAUGUGAGAUAGGAGUCAAAAUGUACAGGUACUGUUCUUUUCAUUUGUGUGUGUGAAGGAAUCUAGCCUGUUCCAUCCUUUUCAAUGCUUUACCCACUCCCACCAAAAAAUUCACAUGGAUGCCCAUGUACAGAUGUAGGCAGGGUUCCCUGCCCCCGAUACCAUUUUAAUAUAAUGAGACCUUAAAGAGAGUGGACUAAUAAAAUGGAAAGUAUAACAUUUUAAUCAAUUGUUUUUAUACCUGGUGUUAGCCGCCCUGAGCCCGGUCUUGGCUGGGGAGGGUGGGGUAUAAAUAAAAUUUAUUAUUAUUAUUAUUAUUAUUAUCAUCAUCAUCAUCAUCACUGUGAUAAGCACUGAAAGUGUAUGCAUUUGCAGAUACAGGCCUUUUGGAAGGAAAGGGGAGACAGACUACAACAUCAACUGGCUAUGGUAUUCCAGUUCAUUGCUUCUUUAGUACAGUGUUGAGUUUCUAUGCAGCUCUGUGCAUCUGUUGCUGGACUUAGUUUUAAGAUCACACUUUUGAAUGGUUUCUCUAUCUGCGGAAGCCAUGCUUGGUAUGCUGCUGUGACAAUGUUUCCAUAAAAAGAUUAGGCACCUGUUCCCUCCGAUAUGUAUUCCCAAGUGUGUUUUGAGCGAGCAGCUUAUGCCAUUCAAUGCUGUCUUGGUUUCGCCAACCUUUCUGGAAUGUUCCUGAGGAGAAGAGAGUUCAGUAUAUUUCCAGGGAGACCUUUUUCUCCCUGUGGCCACUGCAGGCCUUCAGGUAACCACUUCACCAAAACCCACCGAUACCACCUUCCCAACUGCACCUACGUGGUGUAAGGAAUAUCCAGUUUUUAAAAAAGAGAGAGAGAGAGAGAGAAAUUGUAGUGAAGGAUCUUACAGUUAAGAUGUUCUAGGGUAUGGACCAGUUUUGCUAUGCAGUCCUCUUGUAAAACCAUCUGUUGAAGGGCAAUAUAUAAAUAUAGCAAACGAAUAAUGUGUAAGAAACUCCAGACAAAUAAACACACUAGUCUGUAACAGUAGGAAAACCAAAAGGCCCCCUGUCACCAUAGCAACUUCAUGACACACCAUGCUAUACACUUUGACAGGCAACAGCCUACUUCAUUAGAUGAGCAGCUGAACUGAGAAGUGUGGUAGAUGCAUAGAAGUAAAAUGUCAGGAUUGUUGGCAUCUGUCUGUCUUGGGCAAGUGGAUUUGGAUUUGAAGAAGAGUUUGGAUUUGAUAUCCUGCCUUUCACUCCCUUUAAGGAGUCUCAAAGCGGCUAACAUUCUCCUUUCCCUUCCUCCCCCACAACAAACACUCUGUGAGGUGAGUGGGGCUGAGAGACUUCAAAGAAGUGUGACUGGCCCAAGGUCACCCAGCAGCUGCAUGUGGAGGAGCGGAGACGCGAACCCGGUUCCCCAGAUUACAAGACUACCGCUCUUAACCACUACACCACACUGGCCAGCUUGCUCCCGUGAUUUAGCAAGUGUGUGAGUGAGGUGAGCACAUCGCAUGGCAUGUGCACACAGCCACCACAUAGUUUUGAGGGGUCCCGGCCCCCUCCUUGAAAAGUAAUGUCUGGCAUUUUUCUCAAUGUGAUGCACUUGAAGGCACAUGCAAAGAGAUGUUGGGCAUCUUUUAAAAAGCAACAGUAGCAGCAUACGUCUAAAUUGGCAAUAGUUUAUGCCCCAUAUGAGAAAAGUAAUAUAUCAACAUUUCCAUGUUUCACAAAGUGUCAAUUGGUGUGGGUGGAAUUAUUUAAAAUUCAUAUUGGACAAAUACGAUCCCUAUCCCUUUUGCACGCUAAUGUGCUGUUCUAAGUCAUGCAUCGUGACAUCUUCAAAGAGGCCAGUCAUAAUUAUGAUGGAUUAGACUGCAGAAUUGGUCCUAGAUGUAAUCAUUGUUUCGCAGAUGCUACUGAUGUGCCAUGAAUUUCUAAUAAACUACGGCUGGUCCUGUGUGUGUGUGUGUGUGUGUGUGUGUGUAAGUAAAACUGAUAAGUAUAUUGGCUGGAGUUCAGUAACUGAAGGGGGCAGGAAAUACAAAUUACUAUACUUGGGGAAAGACUCUGCUUUGGAAGAGGUACAAUUUACUUCAUACAAAAGGGGAAGGGAUUUGUCCAGCUAUUUGCAGAUUGCUAAUUCCCCAUUUUGGAAAGAAAAUAAAUAUAUUGAGCAGUGACCCAACAGCUCAAUAUAUUGGUAGUGACCCAACUCCAACAGAAAUCCCUAGAUGGCCUUCAAGUUGGCUGUGAUUUCUUCCUUACUAAAGGACAUAUUAUCCAUGUCCCAAACUCAGUUGAAUAAGCCAAUUGACUUUCACAUUGGCUGAUUUCUCUCUUAGUUGUUCUACCAUGAAUGGUGGGCAGAUGUUGAUAUAGAAAUCCUAAACUCGCACAAUCCUUCCCCUUCUCAACCCAUGAAUUUUAUUUAUUAUUUACUUGUGUGUGUGCACGCACGCAUGGGUAUAAACACACACACACACACACACACACACACAGACAUGCAUAUGCAUGCACUAUAAGUAGUUUAUAGACAACAAAAACAUGAGACAACUUAAAUACUACAAAAAUACAGUUGCAUUAAUAAAAAUAUGAAACUAUUAAUAAAUAUGAACCAAAAUGAAUUUUACAUCCUUCUGACAUGCCUUCCUCCUCAGCCGCCUGGUUUCUACUCACCCAACCCAGGGCCCAAACAAACCCAUAGUUCACCCACAAAAAUCUCACAAAGGGUGCCUGGAAACUGUUAACAUUGCCCCUAGUCUCUAACUCUAGCCUUGGUGUUUGGGGUGGAUGGGGCUUCCUACAGCUGUGUCCUAUUCAGCAGUCAGCUACACUUUCUGUUAAGUUGUGGGCGAACAUAUCAGAUGACACAGCGAUUCUUCCAAAGCAGCUCUUUAUUUGCAAGCUAGAACAGAACUGAACUGAGGAGCUCAGUCAGCCUGCUUAUAUAGAGCUCCAGAACAAUGUAACUGUUGCAACUUUCUAAAACUAUCCAAUCACUGAACGCCACUUUCGAUCCUUCAUUUGCAUACAAACUAGCCAAUCACUAAACGUCACUUUCGAUCCUUCAUUUGCAUACAAACUAUCCAAUCACUGAACGUCACUUUCAAUCCUUCAUUUGCAUAACUAUCUACAGUAUUCCCCUGCUGGCCCAGGGUGAGAACUUCAGUACAUAAGACUUUCCAUACCUGGGUCCUGCAGGUCUAGUGAGUUUCCCAGGGGGUCCCAAGGAUGCGAAAAUAGCAUCCCUCCAUUCACUGUUCUUUCUCUGGCCUCUGCCCACUUCUCUUCCUCCAGCUGCUUUCUUGUUCCAUGAAGGACAGUAAAGCGGAGAUCUAUUUAGGAUUUUUUUGGAUUGCCGUGCUUACCAUACCAUACAGAUGUGCACUGUAUGAAUGAAAUUCAGAAUUUUGAACUUGUGUGAGAAUUGUUGGAAUGAAAGCUUGCACUUGCAGAGGGACAUACUUCGAUAUUUACAGUUCCACCUCCACCUAUGGUUUGUCUUUAUGGCCCAAUAUUAGAUAAAGGGCACAAGUAGAAAAAAAUUAAUGGGAUUUUUUUGGGGUGUGGAAUGCCUCACCCCAUCUCACUUAUUAAACGCAGAGGUCUAAUACAGAGGACUUUCUAAGAUGUUUUGGUUUUUUCUUCACAUGUGGUCAUUUUAGAUAACUGCAAAAAUUUGAAUUUCUGUUUUCUUUUACUUUUUACAUUACAAGGCAGAAAUAAGCAUGGAAAGUAGAGCACAGCAUUCAAACAUCACACAGAAAAGGGAGCAAGCAAUCUUGUUCUGCUGCUGCAGUCUGUGUAAUAGGUGACAUUUUCAAAGACUGGCUUUGCUGCUGCAAUCAUUGCAUGCAAAUAUCCUGUUUUAAUAAUUCAAGCAGGUGUUAAUUAAUCAUACUGAAGCGUUCACAUCCCAUUUCACUAGCAGCAGUGUUUUUAAUGACAAACUUCACAUGAUUUGAAACUCGGCUUGUCCCAUGAUGCAGCUCACAGACCUCCAAAUAGAAGAAGAGCUCUGCAGGAUCAGGCCAAAGGUUCACUAGUCCAGCAUCCUGUUCUCACAGUGGCCAGUCUAAUGCCUAUGGGAAGCCCACACACAGGACCUGAGUGUAGCAGUGUUCCACCUCAACAUCAACUGUGAUUCCCAGCAACUUGUAUUCAGAGACAUACAUGGGACUUUGAAUUCUCUGUGGGUGCCCUUGUAAGCUUUGAUGUUGGAACCUCAGAAUGCUCAAAGCUGUUUAGUGCUGUCUUCUCCCCCCGAUGAAAGAGUGAACAUCUGUCCAGCUGUGUUCACUGCUUUUGAGAGUGUAUUUUUUUUAAAAAAAAAACCUUCAUCUGUUCAGUCUCAGAGCUGCUGAAUUCCAUUAUAGCAUUGAUUGUAAUAUAUCUCUUUUGGAAAGAGAGCUUGCGAUUCUUAGACCACUUCUAGAGUCUUCCCAUACAUGUUGCUGUUCUCCAAGAAAGAUGCACAGCUGCAUAUUUUUUGACAUAAUAUACCGUAUUUUUCGCUCCAUAAGAUACACCUUUUUCUUCCUAAAAAGUAAUGGGAAAUGUCUGUGCGUCUUAUGGAGCAAAUGCGUGGGCCCUGGAUUUUUGCAAUGGGUCACUCCAAAUUCACCAUCAGAUCACAUAGCAUGUCCAUGGCUAUAGCCUGCACCAAAAAAAUCACGCAUCCACUGUUUCGGUGGGCCUCAAUGGCGCAAAAACGUGGUUACAAAGCAUGGAUCCACAUGGAUCCUCAGGAUUUUUGCAUUGGGUCACCCCAGAUUCACCAUCAGAUCACAUAGCCUGCACCACAAAAAUAGCGCAUCCACUGUUUUGUUCAGAAUAUUUUUUUUCUUGUUUCCCUCCUCUAAAAACUAGGUGUGUCUUAUGGUCGGGUGCGUCUUAUGGCGCGAAAAAUACAGUAUAUCCCAGCACUUUUAGACUGUCACAAUUUCCAUGAGGCUCUCGAUCUAGAAAGGGGAAGUGCAUUAGAUGAAGUGCUUAAUUGCCAUCUGGGUUUGUGUGGCAUGCAUCAAAUAAACAUGGAUUUCCCCCCCUACCCCAUUCUCUCUUUCAGAUACAAUAGGAGGGCAGCCUUGUGGAUGGCCCCAGAGUAGGCCAGAUGGAACAGGAUAGAACCAGCCAUGUUGAAGGCAGUAGUUUGAGCCCAUUUCUAAUACCACAUCCUUCUCAUGUUUGCCAGGGAGAGCCUUUGUCAGUGAAGCUACAGAAUGGGAGCCCACCAGCAGAGAAGGGCCAGGUUGAAGUCAAUGGCGACCACACGUGGCUGCAUUUCAAGGCCAACUAUGGAAUGAAGCACGCUGUCAGAGGAAAUGCAAAUAACAGAAUAAGCCCAGACCUUCUCCAAGAAAAGAGAGACUGUGGCAGGUAUAUGCAAAAUGGUGGGAUAAAACGCACUUUCAGCGAGCCUUCUCUGUACGGGCUUCACCAGAACAAAAAGCUUAGACAAGAUGAAGAAGCAAAAGGAGGGAAAGAAACCUCUUUGGAUGGCAGUGAUCAACCGAAUGCUCCCAAUUCAUGCAGUGAGGAGGACUUGGUGGGUUUUAGAAUGGAAGAAGAUGCAGCUUCAGUUCUCAUACAGUCCUCCAAAAACAACCGUGGUGCUUCAGAAACUCCUCCUGCUCCCCAGGUUCAGAAUGAACAGGAGAGCGAAAACAUGAAUUGCCACAACAGGGACAUUGCCUUGCUCUGCAAGAGCAAGGCGGUGUCAAUACCUAAUGGUGCUAUAGUUUCUGCCUCUUCUAUGGAAAACAUGCAUGGUGAACUCCUUGAGAAAACGCUGUCUCAGUAUAAUCCAGAUCAUGUGUCCAUUGCAAUGCAGAAAACCACAUCUCUUACAAAUGCCAUAAACACACAGGCUACUAAUGAAUCGACUUGUGGCACACCACAUUCAUCCCAUACCUCAGGGCAGAUCAACUCCCCACAAACCUCAAACUCUGAGCUGCCUCAGGUGCUAGAUUCUGUGGCCACUGAAGUCCACAGCACAGAAGACGGCAGUAAGAUAUCCAUAUUGCCAGCCUGCUACACUUUUCAGAAACCAGAACUGCAGUUGGAGCAGCAAAAAUCCGAAAAUGCAUGCCAGUCCCCUACAGAGAAUACUGAUGAUCCAGGAAACAUGGGGCAGGUUCCCAGUCAAGAUUUCUCACUACCCAGUCAAGAUUUCUCACUAAAUCCCAACAGCAAUAUGAAAGCUCACAACAAUAGCUCAGAGAGGCCAGCAGAGCCAGCAGAGGAAAAUGGUGCUUUGUUCCAACAAGACCCCAUGUUCAAGAAGAGUUAUUUCAGCCCACCUCCUGUUGCAGCUUCUUCUCCUCUUCCAGAAAUAAACAGCAUUCUUUCCAUGAGUGUUUCAGAAGUGCAUAACCAUUAUGAGACCCAAAGUCAAGAGACGCAUUUGAAGAAAGAGAAGAAUGGAGAGCAGCAGCAGCAGCAGGGGGAGCUUGCAGCACAAAUUCCUGGCCUUUGCCAGCAAGCACUUAGUUCUCAACAGGGUCUUCAACAAGAGGUUCAGGUUUCACAACAGACUGGCAAUGAAACAAGAGAUCUGAUGCUUUCUGCAAUGGCAUCAGGCAUCAGGCAACAAUAUCCUGAUGAACUGCAGUCAAAACUGGAGCCGCGGGUUCAAGACACAGAAAUAGUAGGAAGCAGUAAAGAGUUGCAACAACAUUAUCAACAUCUCCUGGGCCAAAUUAACCAGGAGACCGUAACUAACAAUGAAAAAGACUUGGUGAAAAAUCAGAUGCAUCAGUCACACCCUCACUUGCAGACAUCUUGGACAGGAAUAUCUUCCCCUCACUUUCGCCCCAGUGAGUCUCCCCAAAAAUCAAAUGAGGUGCUCUUAAGGACAAUGCUUCAGCUUCAGUCAAAUUCAGCUGAUCAGACCCAUCCAAAACAAUAUCCUGGGAGCCCCAAUGCAUCAAAGGAGGUUACAGGGCAAACUUGCUUCCAGAACAUCACACAAUGUGAGCAGAUACCAGCACUGUACAAGGGUGAGGCAACACAGCUGCCACCUCAUCUUACAGCUGAGAAGCAAAUGCAAUUCCAAAAGCACUCACCACAGCCUACAAAGAUGGAUACUCUGCUCAAAUCCCACGAACAGCAGCAAAAUGCAAAGCACUUCCACUUUCAGCCGCAAGCUGAACACCACACUGAACAGUCCCUGGAGUCACAGAUGAAGCCACAGCACUUAAAUCUUCCACCAUUGGAAAAUGAACAGUUCCUCCGUUCACAUAUAUUGCAACAGAUGCUCCAGACUCAGCCAACACAAUUGCCACACAGUCCACAGCUAACCAUGGGCUCCCAGCAGCAAUCAUUGCACAUGAAAAGCAGAGAACUUCCUCAGACCUUUCCUCAUUCCCAAAGCAGACAAGAGCAGCAGCUAGAAGGGGCAUCUUUCAGUCAGCUUAAACUGGAAGAAUGUUUUGAAACUGCAAACAAUUACUUCAAAUCAACUGACUUCCCAAUGCAAAACUCCCAGGUCAGGCCAGGUCCGGUGUCCGAUAUGAACAGUAAAGAUUCCCUUUACAAUCAUGCUUUCAAAGCAAAUACUGUUAUGAAGCAUUCCUACUUGAACAACAUGCACUUAGUCUCUGAGAAAAAAGAAAACCCUAUGAAAACCGAGCUCUUUGCAGAAAAUGUAACUCAUGACUUACAGCAUAUGCAAUAUUACACACAUAGUAUGCCCCCCAAACAAGAUGUGCCCCAUUGCUUUCAGGAAGAAGCUUCCCAGUCUCCACCAACUUCAGCUGGACAACUACCCUUCCAGCAAACACAGGGAUAUUCUAAUUUGACCAGCAACAUGUGUAGCCCGCAACCUGCCCAGAUUCAGCAAAGGUACGUACCCUACAGUCAGCAAUCGGCGUCCCAUGCAGGAGUUGAUCAGAGAGGCUGCCAUCUUCCAACUCAACCUCAAAGGGAUUUUCAGAAGCAUGCUGCUCUCAGGUGUCACAUCUUAAACAGGCAAGAACAACAAAACAAAUCUGAUACCUGUCACGGUGUGGGACACAAGCCUAUUAAAGCUGAAGCUGGCUCCAAGUUGAAUGUCUGCACCCCUCCAUCAGCUGGGCAGCUGGAGAACAAAGCGUGGAAAAAAACAAUUAAACAAGAGAUUCAGCACUUUGGUUGUGAGAACAUGCAACAAAAGAGUAUAAUCGAAACCAUGGAGCAGCAGCUGAAACAGUUUCAGGUCAGAACGCCCUUUGAUCACAAGUCCCUUACUAUCAAAUCACCAAAACAUGUGAAAGUUGAAACUGUGGGACCCAUCACUAUUCUGUCAAGGAAUUCCGCCGCUGCAGAUUUCAACAGCCACGCAGCCUCUUUAGAUCAACAGCCCAUUCAUUCCAGUGAAAAAACACCAACCAAAAGAACGGCUGCUGGAACAGCUCUCAAUCAUUUUUUAGAGUCACCUUCCAAGUUAUUAGAUACUCCUGUGAAAAACCUACUGGACACACCUGUCAAAACUCAGUACGAUUUCCCAUCAUGUAGCUGCGUUGGUGAGUUGAGUUUGAUGUUUCAGAGUUUGUUUUUAAAUGAAUACGAUAAUACCAUUCUGCUAUAAUUUUCCAAGCCCAACCAGCUCCCUUCCUCACGUCACCCUCCUCCCCUUUCUACUAUAGCGAAGACUUCCCUUGUCUUCUCAAAUAAACGUCCCAAACUGCAUUUCUCAGUUCGCAGGUUGGAAUUUCUUAUCCAUAAAAUUAUAAGUAUCUCAGGCUCUUACUGUUCCAGCCACUCUGUCUUUCAGUUUCCUUCAUGGAAAAUACUAUGAGUUGAAUGAUGCUAUACAACAUGUGGUUGGUUAUGGAUUCAUCCUGACUCCACUCUCCACUUUGCUUUGGGAGUGGUUUAUGGUGUCUAGAUUUCCCCACAAUCAAAUAUGGGCAUAAAAAGAUGGCUGGUUUGUUACAUUCUAAGCACAUUAUAUGGGUGUGAUUGGACAAGGUGAAGGCACAUGUGGAGUUGAGAUCCUUGCAGGUAUGAUUUCUCCUCUGAAGGUAUCGCCUGAGCAAGGCCAGAAAUGCAAGAUGAUUUCCUAGGCGAACAGAAUGGAAAACUGUCCCUUUGAAAUAACCCGUGCAAGUAAAAUGAGGAAAUUGCAUCUAGUUUUGUCAUGGUGAAUUAGGACACUGGAAAAGUGUUGUUGCAGAAUGACUUAAGACCAAAUUGCACAUGAUAGAAGAUAACGUCUUCAUAAAAGACCUUUGGCCUAGCGCCACAAAGGAAUAGAGGUGUGAUUCAAUGUAUUAAAUAAGUGCAUGGUCUAAGGGUUCUGAAUCCGCCAUUUGUGGUCCUUCUCUCUACAGCCACUCCCCUUUUCUCCAGAUGGGCUCUCUCUCUCUGUGCUGGCAUCUGGCUAUGGGGUACAGAAGAGCAGCAGGACAUUUAGCACCGUCUUCUACUGUACACCCCUUUGGUAUAUCCAGAUGCAUGCAAAUUGGGCCUGAACAGUCGUCCUCCAUGUAUGCACCACAAUGAGAAUAAUGGACACAGAUGCAUGAGAAUCUUUCAACGCAUAGUACUAAACUUUGCUCUGCCUUUAUAGAACCGGUCACACUGAGGCAUUUGCAUUUUCAACAGAUGGUUUUAAAGGAAUUUAUCUGAACCCCAAUUUACCUUUUUAAAAAAUUUAAUAACUGAGCCUUGGGGUGCAUAUAUAGAUAGCAGGAACUGCUGCAAAACUAAAAGGCUAAUACUAUCAAUGAAAGUCUAGACUCAUUUCCAACCUUUAUUUAUGGUCGAACCAGAUGUAAUAAAGCAGGAAUGGGGAACUUCUGGCUCUCCAGAUGUUCUUCUUGGACUUGAGCUCCCAUUAGCCCGAGGCGGUGUGGCCAGUGAUCAGGGAAAAUGGGACUUGUAGUACAGCAACAUAUGGAGGGUCAUAGGUUUCUUGCCUCUGUAAUAAAGGGAUUUUACCUUCCAGUAUUUCUGCACCAAAAAAGCAAUAAGCAGAGGUGCUGACAUAUCAAAAGUCGAGAAUAUGCCCUAUCUGAUUUUCUUCCAUUAGCUAUUCCACAGCGAUAACUUUCAUUGAUUCCUGAUGGUAACGGGAACAGAGAAAAUCCUAAUUGGCCCCUAUAUACAGUAACUGUAUUAACCAUGCCUUAUUAAUAAUAAAAAAAACCGUUCGUUUGGCAUUAUGAGUUAGAACUGCCCCAAAUAUUGCUCACUCUCUUGUUUGGUACAAUAAUUCCCUAUUUGCAUUUUAAAGGUUUUUUUAAAAAAACUAUUCCCAAAUGAAAAUAGUAACUCUUCCCCUUGGCCUGCUUUCAGUCCAUGAAUGAUCUGGUGCACAGAUGACCUGCCAAGAGUCUUUGGGGUUGGUUUUACUCAUAUGGGUAGUGCAAACAGGUCUUGUUACAGAUUUCAUUUAGAUUUUUUUCCUGAAGUGAGUAAAAUAUGUAUAUAAGGUGAAACUAUGCUUUACUAUGUAAUAGCUUUUAAAGAAAUCGUCAAAAGCAUACAGCGUUAACCUUUUGUUUGUUUGUUUGUUUCUGUCUUCUUUUAAACAGAACAGAUUAUCGAAAAAGACGAAGGCCCUUUCUACACCCAUCUAGGAGCCGGCCCUAAUGUGGCUGCUAUUAGAGAAAUAAUGGAAGAACGGUAAUGAAUUUGCUAUGGCACACGGCAGAUUAAAAUUUAUCCAUUGUGCAUGUCAGGAUUUCCACACACACACACACACACACACACACACACACACCCUUGGUCUUUGCACACAAAGAAGACCACAAUUGCAGACUCCCAAGUAAUUAUUUGGUAGGCUGGCUAUUCCUGCUUUGCCAACACAGGGCACUGUGCUAUUCACUGGAGGACGACAACAUUUGACAGGUCGGCUGGCUUGCUGUCCUGAUCUGCCCACUCUGAGGCAGAUGCCAGCAACAGGGCCAGCCUGCCAAAUUAGCGAAUUGGCAUUGACUGUAAAAGCAGGAAAGGACCUAGCAUUCCCAGUCGGGCCACCACACAUGCCAAGGUACAUAGGGGAGAUGGCAAAAGGCAUAUGCAGCUCAAGGAAAGAAAACCUCAAGCAGGCUCCCCCACCAAAACAAAACAAAAACCACAACACAAUUAAGAGUUCGUUUUCCUUCUGCUUAUUUACACUAAGGAAUCUAGUACCAUCCAUUGAAUUCCAUAAAGCAGGCAUCCCCAACUUGCGGCCCUCCAAAUGUUUUGGCCUACAACUCCCAUGAUCCCUAGCUAACAGGACCAGUGGUCAGGGAUGAUGGGAAUUGUAGUCCAAAACAUCUGGAGGGCCGAAGGUUGGAGAUUCCUGCAAUAAAGGAAUAAAUGACCAGUUUUAGCUUGGAAACUUGGUCAUUAUUUCUACAGCAUAUUACCUUUUUUUUUUUUACAGCACAUUAAUCUGAUAUGUUGGGGUGAGGGUUUUUUUCCUAUUCUGUGUUGUUAGAAUCAAGUGGCAGCCAAACAAAUGUUAUAUGCAGAUGAGAUUUCAUUGUAUGUAAGGCACAUAUAACUGAAAUUAGCUAAAUUAUGGACUCUAGGGCUUGUUUCUCUUCAACACAAAUUUCCCAUAUUUUAAGGGGGCUUUCGUUCAGCUAGCAGCAAAUUUAAAGCACAUUCCACCUUUUUUCAAGACAUUGCCUCCUUUUCCUCUGCACACUUACAUUUCCAUAUAUGUUUGAUAUGAUAAAACAGUAGAUUAUCAGAUGUAAAUGAUGAGCAGAGUCCUUUUUCAGGUAAUUAGUUCAAUGUUUAAGCUCAUUCUUUCUUAUGCUAAAAAUGUGAUACAAAUAGCUUUAGCCCUGGAGGGCAGGUCUUAAUAUUCUUCUAAGGACACUUCACGCCUUUAUUCUUUUGAGCAAGGAGAUCAGAUAGAUAUAUCAUAGAAUCGUAGAGUUGGAAGGGACCCUGAGGGUCAUCUAGUCCACCCCUGCAAAUGCAGGGAUCUCAAUGAGCGUAUUGUCUCUUGAAAAGUAUGGUGUGAGUUUCUUGAAGCAUUGUGUAUACACAUAAUAGCUACAAGUAAAGGAUGUGAUUUGAGGAAGAAUUGACAAAUAAUGGCACAAGGCUAACUCUGCUAUAUAUAGUCUACACCACUGAGCCUCUUGGGCUUGCCGAUCGGAAGGUCGGUGGUUCGAAUCCCUACAAAGGAGUGAGUUCCCAUUGCUCUGUCCCAGCUCCUGCCAACCUAGCAGUUCGAAAGCUCACCAGUGCAAGUAGAUAAAUAGGUACUGCUGCGGCAGGAAGGUUAACGGUGUUUCCGUGUGCUCUGGUUUCUGUCACAGUGUUCCAUUGCGCCAGAAGCGGUUUAGUCAUGCUGGCCACGUGACCUGGAAAGCUGUCUGCAGACAAACACCAGCUCCCUUGGCCUGAAAGCGAGAUGAGCGCUGCAACCCCAUAGUCACCUUUGACUGAACUUAACUGUCCAGCGGUCCUUUACCUUUUACCUAUACUGCAUGUGGAUCUCUGUUGCUCAGUUCAGAUGUUAAUACUUACUUUUAUUCAUUUGUUUGGAUUUUUAAAGGUAUGGACAGAAAGGCAAAGCCAUAAGGAUAGAGCGGAUUGUCUAUACGGGGAAAGAAGGCAAAAGUGCCCAAGGAUGUCCUAUAGCUAAAUGGGUAAGCCGUUUUCCCAUUUGAUCAUAUAAAAGAUAUUUUUAAGUUUAACAAAGAAUACUAGUAUUUGUUUGCUGUAAAUACGCAGAUCAUUUUAAAAGAGAAUAUUACCAUUUUUGUUUUUUUUUAAGCCUCUGACCUAGGAUAGAUGUCAAAAGAGGUAUUAUAACUUUGAAAUGAGUUUAUAUUUAAAAAAAUACCUAAACACAGACUGUAUCUCAAAGUUCAUGGCUGCCCUAUCAUGCAAAAUUUGCAAAACAAAAUGUAUAGAAAGAUGAAAUGUAACCUAGUAAAAGUAUUGGACUGAGCUAAGGAAAGUAUAGUAUUUUGAAAAUGUACCUCCAAUUAAAGGCCUCCCAAAGUUGGGAAAUGCCUUGUAUUUAUUUAGGGUGCUGGUCCAUCUAACCGAGUCUUGUCUGUUCUGAUUGACAUCUAUGUAAUAUCUCAGGCAGGGGUCUUUCCCAGCCCUACUUUGAGAUCACAGGGAUUGAACCUAAAACCUUCUGCGCACAACACUGCAGUAAACUGGCAGACUGCAGUAAAUCCAGGUAGACUGGAUAUGAGCAUAAAUGUCUUCCUUAAACAGACAUUCUAUCGUAUUUUGCAUCUCACUAAAAACCAGAAAACUUCUUUGGGGGGGUUGUAUUUGCAGGUGAUUCGUAGAAGUAGCACUGAAGAAAAACUCCUUUGUUUGGUACGGGAACGUGCAGGCCACAGCUGUGAAACGGCAGUUAUAGUCGUGCUUAUCUUGGUGUGGGAAGGAAUUUCUCGAAGCCUAGCAGACAAGCUGUAUUCCGAACUCUCCGAAACUUUAAGGAAGUAUGGCACACUAACAAACCGUCGCUGUGCUCUAAAUGAAGAGUAAGUGAAGUAUGUACUUGUUUCUCUCAAAAUGUGAUCUUGUUAUAGCUUGAAUGCCUAGAUUUAAGGAACAAUAAUUCCGACUAAAGUCAUGCAUCCUAUGUUCUCCUUUUCAUGUUUUUAGCUGACCUUAGUCAUUGAAGUUAUUGUCUUUAUGUUGUCAGUAACCAAGAAAGUCUUCUUUGUUUAACAGAGAGCCCAGUUCACCUCCCUUCUAUAUCAUUGCCACAAUUCCCAUCACGUUCAGUUCUGCAGCACACCCCUUUUGGGACUGUGCCACGACAAUAUGUGUGAGUGGUUACAGUCUAGUUCCAUGCCUACCAUGAUUCUUUUAAUGUUCCUUGCUGCAUCAAAGUUCUUGCAACAAAUUCUGCCCAGUACACGGAGUACCAUAUAGGGAGCAAGCUUCAUUUGUGGUGCCUAGCUCAAAGUUACCCAGUCUGCAUACAUGCCAUACAUUUAAAACACAUUUUCCCUUCUGCACAAAAAAGGAUAUUGUGUAUUUUAGUGUAUUGUGUCUUUUCAGCCCCAGUCAUAUUAUGAAGACAACUUCCUGUUGGGUGUUCCCCUCCCACUUUUCCUAAGGAACUCAUAUGGUUUCAUGGAAAUGUAUUCCAAUAGACAUAAUAAUAAUAAUUUAUUAUUUAUACCCCACCCAUCUGGCUGGGUUUCCCCAGCCACUCUGGGCGGCUUCCAACAUAAUAUUAAAAUACAAUAAUCUAUUAAACAUUAAAAGCUUCCCUAAGACAUAAAUUGUCUUUCCAAAUUAGCCCUUACUAUGUGUUUAUUAUACAUCUUCAGUGCCCUGAAUAGCUACACAGUUUUAGUGAGACAGGUGGGAUUAUUGUAUGGCUCUACUGGCCAUGUGCUUUGAUGGCUUUUAACAUGACCUACUGCAAUACCAACAAAGACAGGACCAUAGAAAACCAAUAAGAAUACCCUAUAGCAAUGUACCUCCUUCCAAGACAUGGUAAAAAUAGUGCACUGGGUUUGCACAACUGUCUCAGGUGUAUUGGAAUUUUGUGAAUACGUAGGAUUGGCUCCAGCAUGGCCUUUCCACAGACAGGUGAGGUCCUUCUGUUUGCAGAAGAGUCUUUUGAUCUGCAGGUCCUCCUGCAGAUGGAAAGAGAUGGAGGCAAUUUUUGGCCAUUCUUUCCCUCUGCAGCCCCUCAGCAGGCUUGUGCCCAUGAUGUUCUGGGAGUCUCUCAAAACCACUGGGAUUAAAUUUGGGAAGUGGAGGUGUUGCAGGAAGGAGAGUCAGUAGACAUCACCUUACCUCCUAUCAGCUGGAGCAUUUCAUGAGUGUCCCACCACUCAUGGGGUCUCUGGACCUAUUCAAUACAAUUCAGAGCUAAGGUGCCGUCCUUUGGUUUUCAUUUUUUAAUAAAGUAAUUGUUUACAGUGCAAUACUAUGUAUGAAUACACAGAAACAAGUCCCAUUGAGUUGAGUGGUACUUCUUCACAGUAUGUAUAGAAUUGCAACCUUAAUAUGAACUGCUGGUUUUCAGAAGUUUGUAAGAAAACCACUUUCAUAUGCACGCGCACACGUAGAAGGUUGUUGUUUUGCUUCUGUAUCAAAUAUCUAUAGAUGAAGGUAGAACACAAGCAAUUGACUUCACUUACAAUCACUCUUCCCCUUCAUGGAUCACUGCCUUGCCGUGGCGAAGGGGCUUGAAUAACUCGGAGAAGCUAUGAGCUAUGCCGUGCAGGGCCACCCAAGAUGGACAGGUCAUAGUGGAGAGUUUUGACCAAACGUGAUCCACCUGGAGCAGGAACCGGCAAGCCACUCCAGUAUCCCUGCCAAGAAAACUUCAUGGACAAAGACAAAAGGUAUAUAAAAGUUAUGACGCUGGAAGAUGAGCCCCUCAGGUCGGAAGGCGUCCAACAUGCUACUGAGGAAGAGCGGAGGACAAGUACAAGUAGAUUCAGAGCUGAUGAAGCGGCUGGGUCAAAGCCGAAAGGACGCUCAGUUGCGGAUAUGCCUGGAAGCGAAAGGAAAGUCCAAUGCUGUAAAGAAAAAUAUUGCAUAGGAACCUGGAAUGUAAGAACCAUGAACCUUGGUAAGUUGGAUGUGGUCAAAAAUGAGAUGGCAAGAAUAAAUAUUGACAUCCUGGGCAUCAGUGAACUAAAAUGGACAGGAAUGGGCGAAUUCAGUUCAGAUGACCAUCAUAUCUACUACUGUGGGCAAGAAUCCCGUAAAAGAAAUGGAGUGGCCCUCAUAGUCAACAAAAGAGUGGCAAAAGCUGUAUUGGGAUGCAAUCUCAAAAAUGAUAGAAUGAUCUCGAUACGAAUCCAAGGCAGACCUUUUAACAUCACAGUAAUCCAAGUUUAUGCACCAACCACUGGUGCUGAAGAAACUGAAAUUGACCAAUUCUAUGAAGACUUACAACACCUUAUAGAAUUGACACCAAAGAAGGAUGUUCUUCUCAUUAUAGGGAUUGGAAUGCUAAAGUAGGGAGUCAAGAGAUAAAAGGAACAACUGGCAAGUUUGGCCUUGGAGUUCAAAACGAAGCAGGGCAAAGGCUAAUAGAGUUCUGCCAAGAGAACAAGCUGGUCAUCACAAACACUCUUUUCCAACAACACAAGAGACGACUCUACACAUGGACAUCACCAGAUGGGCAGCAUCGAUUGAUUAUAUUCUCUGCAGCUAAAGAUGGAGAAGCUCUAUACAGUCAGCAAAAACAAGACCUGGAGCGGACUGUGGCUCAGAUCAUCAGCUUCUUAUAGCAAAAUUCAAGCUUAAACUGAAGAAAGUAGGAAAAACCACUGGGCCAGUAAGAUACAAUCUAAGUCAAAUCCCUUAUGAAUACACAGUGGAAGUGAGGAACAGGUUUAAGGAUUUAGAUUUGGUGGACAGAGUGCCUGAAGAACUAUGGAUGGAAGCUCGCAACAUUAUACAGGAGGCAGCAACGAAAACCAUCCCAAUGAAAAGGAAAUGCAAGAAAGCAAAGUGGCUGUCCAACGAGGCCUUACAAAUAGCAGAGGAGAGAAGGCAAGCAAAAUGCGAGGGAGAUAGUGAAAGAUACAGGAAAUUGAAUGCAGAUUUCCAAAAAAUAGCAAGGAGAGACAAGAGGGCCUUCUUAAACGAGCAAUGCAAAGAAAUAGAGGAAAACAAGAGAAUGGGAAGAACCAGAGAUCUGUUCAAGAAAAUUGGAGAUAUGAAAGGGACAUUUUGUGCAAAGAUUACCAUAAUAAAGGACAAAAGUGGUAAGGACCUAACAGAAGCAGAAGACAUCAAGAAGAGGUGGCAAGAAUACACAGAGGAAUUAUACCAGAAAGAUAUGGAUGGCUUGUACACCCCAGGUAGUGUGGUUGCUGACCUUGAGCCAGACAUCCUGGAGAGUGAAGUCAAAUGGGCCUUAGAAAGUACUGCAAAUAACAAGGCCAGUGGAAGUGCUGGUCUUCCAGCUGAACUACUUAAAAUUUUAAAAGAUGAUGCUGUUAAGGUGCUACACUCAAUAUGCCAGUGAGUUUGGAAAACUCAGCAGUGGCCAGAGGAUUGGAGAAGAUCAGUCUACAUCCCAAUCCCAAAGAAGGGCAGUGCCAAAGAAUGCUCCAACUACCGCACAAUUGCACUCAUUUCACAUGCUAGCAAGGUUAUGCUUAAAAUUCUACAAGGAAGGCUCAAGUAGUAUGUGGACCGAAAACUCCCAGAAGUGCAAGCUGGAUUUAGAAGAGGCAGAGGAACCAGAGACCAAAUUGCAAACAUGCGCUGGAUUAUGGAGAAAGCUAGAGAGUUCCAGAAAGACAUCUACUUUUGCUUCAUUGACUAUGCAAAAGCCUUUGACUGUGUCGACCACAGCAAACUAUGGCAAGUUCUUAAAGAAAUGGGAGUGCCUGAUCACCUCAUCUGUCUCCUGAGAAAUCUCUAUGUGGGACAAGAAGCUACAGUUAGAACUGGAUAUGGAACAACUGAUUGGUUCAAAAUUGGGAAAGGAGUACGGCAAGGCUGUAUAUUGUCUCCCUGCUUAUUUAACUUAUAUGCAGAAUUCAUCAUGCGAAAGGCUGGGCUGGAUGAAUCCCAAGCCGGAAUUAAGAUUGCCGGAAGAAAUAUCAACAACCUCAGAUAUGCAGAUGACACAACCUUGAUGGCAGAAAGUGAGGGCACAAAUCUCACAUUUUGAGAGCACAAAAUAUGGUCUGAAGCUCAACAUCAAAAAAACGAAGAUCAUGGCCACUGGGCCCAUCACCUCCUGGCAAAUAGAAGGGGAAGAAAUGGAGGCAGUGAGAGAUUUUACUUUCUUGGGCUCCAUGAUCACUGCAGAUGGUGACAGCAGUCACGAAAUUAAAAGACGCCUGCUCCUUGGGAGAAAGGCGAUGGCAAACCUAGACAGCAUCUUAAAAAGCAGAGACAUCACCUUGCCAACAAAGGUCCGUAUAGUUAAAGCCAUGGUUUUCCCAGUAGUGAUGUAUGGAAGUGAGAGCUGGACCAUAAAGAAGGCUGAUCGCCGAAGAAUUGAUGCUUUUGAAUUAUGGUGCUGGAGGAGACUCUUGAGAGUCCCAUGGACUGCAAGAAGAUCAAAUGCAUCCAUUCUUAAGGAAAUUAGCCCUGAGUGCUCACUGGAAGGACAGAUCGUGAAGCUGAGGCUCUAAUACUUUGGCCACCUCAUGAGAAGAGAAGACUCCCUGGAAAAGACCCUGAUGUUGGGAAAGAUUGAGGGCACAAGGAGAAGGGGACGACAGAGGAAGAGAUGGUUGGACAGUGUUCUCGAAGCUACCAACAUGAGUCUGACCAAACUGCGGGAGACAGUGGAAGACAGGAGUGCCUGGCGUGCUCUGGUCCAUGGGGUCACGAAGAGUCGGACACGACUAAACGACUAAACAACAACAACACAACCACUCUUGGUACUACUAAAGGCUUUUCAUAGAAGAUGAUCAGUUGUCUGCAGUUUGCUCUGGUUGCAAGAACAUCAUGGCUAAGACUUCCUUAGACACAUGGCCAAAGGGUGGCUCUCCUUUCUAACAAACUUUUAUUAAAGGCCUGUUGAAGGGUUCUUCAGGGAGUGCAGAAGUUGGGCUUAGUGCAUAUAGCUGCAAAAACAUUAUGAUGUGUAAAAAUUUUUCCAGGCAGGGAUUCUUUGCAGGUGUCCCCACUAUGCUUUUAGGUUGCUACAAAUGCAGUUCUUUCCUUUCUUAGGCGAACUUGCGCAUGCCAAGGCCUGGACCCCGAGAGUUGUGGCGCAUCGUUUUCCUUCGGCUGCUCAUGGAGUAUGUACUACAAUGGGUGCAAGUUUGCCAGAAGCAAGAUCCCAAGGAAGUUUAAACUACUGGGGGAUGAUCCAAGAGAGGUAGGGACUAAAUAGAUGGCAUGUGUGGCACUCUCUGAAGCAUUUCCACUCUAGUUGUGGUAGCUGCUCCCAGAUUUUGGAACCCCCACCCUAGAGGUGUUAAGACUGGCUCCCUCGUCGUUGUCCUUCUGCCAGCAGGUGCAGGUGUUCUUGUUGGAACUGACUGCUUUGACUAUAAAGGCUGGUGCUUUCUUAUUGUAAUCCUUUGCAUGGUUUUAAUAGAUUAUAUAUAGUUUUAAUCCUAUCCAUGUUUAAUUGUUUUUAAAUUAUUGGUUCCCCCCCUCCCUAUGAUUUUAGCUGUUCGUGUUUUAAUCAGUAAGCUUCCUUGAGUUUUUGUCAAGGAAAAGUGUUGGGAAUGAAUGAAUGAAUGAUAAGAUAAGACUCAAUUUUUUAAAAAAUGACUCACAGUGUCAGAUGAUGGUCUUAAGUUUUGUCAAAGUACAACAUUCCGCCCUAGAAUGGUAUUUAUUUCUAAGUGUUUCCAUCUACCUCUUCUGUCUGACACAGGAAGGUGAGGAACCUUUCUGAAGUCAGGGGUUGCAUUCCUUUAGGGGGAAGUGGGCAGGGCCUGAAUGCAGGUAAUGGGUGGAGUCAAGGUCAGAAGUGAGCAAGAUACCCUUUCCCUCCUUCCUUCCCCUUCUCACACUCAUGCACAGAAACAAACUUUUCAUCUUUUCUCCAUUCCCCCUUCAUUCAUAUUUUAGCUGCCAAGCCAGCAGUUUCCCUGGUUUAUUUGCAAAUUCAAAAUUCCUCUGUUUUAUAACCUUAACUUUCCUCUGUGUUUCCCGAUUUACUAGCAUUGCAUAUUGUAACUGCAGUAACUUAAUCUAUUGCAAUAUCUCCAUUCCAUCUCCCCCUUUUUUGGCUUGUAAUGGAUAAUUAGGACUGCAAUGUAAACUUAAUACAGUUGAAUGUUAACACGUGAAAUCACUCCUUUACUGAAAAAUAGGAAGAAAAGCUGGAGUCCAAUUUGCAAACUCUCUCGACUCUGAUGGCACCCACUUACAAGAAACUGGCACCUGAUGCGUAUAACAACCAGGUAGGCCGAAAAAUGGGUGGGGUGCUAGUUAUCAACACUAAAACAACCUGAUUUAUUUUGCAAUCACAUUAAGUUUCAUUAUAAUAAUAAGUCUGUGGCAGAGACCUUGGGAAUCUGAAGUUUAAAAAAAGCUUGAAAGACAUCUUUAGAGUACAUUUAAACACCACAUGCUUCUUAUUUUAGAGUAAUUAGUUGGAAAUAGCUACCACUCCUAAGAUCACUGUGUGCUCUGACUAAUGCAAAUUAGAUUUGUUGUAAAUGUACUUAUGAUAAUGGAGGAAAGUGGGAUAAAAAUUGCUUCUAAUUAUGUGAAGCCAAACAAUGGAUGAAACAUGUUAAGGAGUUAUUUGGGAUUUCUUCUGAUCUUGUAUUGAAAGUAAUGGCCAAAUCUCCAAGAAAGACUUCCCCAGGACUUCCCAAGGUUCAGAUCUUUCCCACACCAGAAUUCCUCAGCUUCUAGCAGCAGUUGGUCUUGCAUGUUCUUCAUGGGACUGAUUGCAGUGGUCCAAAAAAUUAACUCUGCUAGUAAACUUAGGUUGGGAUUUUUUCAUUUCACACAGUAUAAUGUCACUCCAUGAGAUGCUCCUUAUAUACUUUGAAUUGCCCCAAUACAUUUGAUUACAACACGCAUCUAAUACUAUCCCAUAAUCUCUAAUAUAUAUAUAUAUAUAUAUAUAUAUAUAUAUAUAUAUAUAUAUAUAUCUCCACCAAAUUCUGGACAAAAGUGGCAUAGGAGCCACCUCCUAGAGGCCAAGGUCCCUUUGCCCCUCCCUAAAAUAUUUGAGGGGCCCGAGACCCCUGCCCCAGAGUUGAUGUGCAUUGCCAUUCAAGUGGUGUGCGUGCACCACAUCCCAGAUUCGAUUAUGUGAGGCAGGGCUUACCUGGGCCCCUCAAUAUUUUAUUCAAGUUGGCACCCCUGCAAUGUGGGAACCCAAAGACUGGGGCUCUUUGAUGCUGCUGAUUCUUUCCUCCUGUACAGUCAUACCUCGAGUUGAAUGCGCUUCAGGUUGAGCACAUUCGAGUUGCGCUCCGCAGCAACCCGGAAGUAACGGAGCACGUUACUUCCGGGUUUUGCUGCUCACGCAUGCGCAGAUACUCAAAAUGACGUCAUGUGCAGUAGCGCCAAAACGCAACCCGCGCACAUGCCGUCGCAUCUUGCAUCCCGUUCGGGAUGCGAACGGGGAAUUCUUUGUCUGUUACCGCAGUGACCAAAUAGAUUGUACUUAAAAGCUUUCUUGUUUUCUCCUGGCUCCUUGAACCACCGGGAGGGGAGGCAGAGAUUCCUCCGGCUUGACAUGGCAUGUAGAAAGCCCACUAACAAAAAUUACAGUUUCUUGUAAGCUGCAACAAGCACCUUUUUUAAAAAAAAGUUUAAGCAGGCUUCCUAGCUGCUACAGAAAGCAGUGCCACUGGCAUUCUCCAGGUCACCUCACCUAGAAUGCAUUGCCAAGCCUACCUGCCCAGUAAUGAGUUAAGGAGGAGGUCCAAGGGAGCCAGUUUGCCACUUCCAUGUGCCUGACACCAUUGUCUCAUUUUGCCUCCUCAUUGGGCCAUUCCUGAGGUCUUAUGCUUGGUAGUUCAUUAGCAGUGCUGACUUCAGGGAGUCUGGUGGUCUUCCGUCACUGUCUUUGCCCUACAAGGUUUUGACUUCAACGCUGUAAUGGAUAUACCCCCAGAGAGGUUACUUGGCCCCUGCACUCCACAUGACAAAUCAAAAUAAUCCAGCUAGGUCAAAAAAAAUUCAACACAGCUGAGACUAUGAUUUCCUCUGGGAUAAUACAGCAUUUUUAAAUUAGACUAUUUCAGUAAUGCAUGUGUGUGCUUGUUUUGUUUCAGAUUGAAUAUGAACACAGAGCACCCGAGUGCCGUCUUGGUUUAAAAGAAGGCCGUCCGUUCUCAGGGGUCACUGCCUGCCUGGAUUUCUGUGCUCAUGCUCACAGGGACUUGCAUAAUAUGCAGAAUGGCAGCACACUGGUAAGUCAGUGAUGCAUGCAGCCGUACUCAUGCAGAACUAAUUUCAUCUAUUAAGUUCAUUAUUUUUUCAUAAUCUGUAUUUCUAUUACAUUGGCACAUGAUGGCUGUCGGGGGGUGGGGGUGGGGAGAGAGAACGGCAAAAUGCUUAUAUGAAGAGAAAUGUGAAACCCUCCAGACUUUUAAUUAAAAGAUGAUGGAGAUUCCCAGGGUUCAUUCUUAAAAUCCUUGCUCCUAGCGAAACAACAUAAGACUAGGAGAGCUCAAGAGCUAUGUGGUUAUAAUCAGCUCCUGAAUGGGAAGUUUAACUUGCAAAAAGUGCAGAAUCUGACAUCUUCAUUUGAAUCCUGAGACUCUUAAAGUUCCCAGCUGGAGGCAGAGGGAAGCACAUUCCUUUAAAGCUGAGAAAACCAAAGGACUUUCUCAGAAAGUCGUGUGCUUCAACUCCCAACAGCAUGUUUUGGGUAUGCCAACUAAUCCAGUGUCCCUUCUCUCCCUUUAUCACGACGGGUCCUAAGUAAACCUUCUAAAGAGAGCCAGGGCGGUGUAAUGGUUAGAGUGUUGGACUAAGACCCAAGAGACCAGGGUUCAAAAACCCACUGGGUGACUUUGGGCCAGUCACACAUUCUCAGCCUGUCCUACCUCACAGGGUUGUUGUGAGGUUAAAAUGAAGAGGGGGAGAACCAUGAAUGCCAUCUUCAGCUCCUUGGAGGAAAGGUGGGAUAUAAAUGUAAUAAAUAAAUCCAUCAAUAGUUCUCGGGUGGGCGCUGGAAUGGCACUAGGUGGGCGGUGCUAUGCUUCAGUCAUUUGAUGAGGCAGAUAUGUCACCCUUGACUGGAUGUGAGCUCCUCCCCUUUCUUGGACGUCACUUUGCUUUCUGACUCACCUGAAGAUCGGUCAUAUUUCACUACUGCUGUUGUGGCCCCCACUCUCUCAGUCUAACCUGCUUCACAGAGCUGUUGAGAGAAUGCCACCUUGCCCUUGUUGCAGAAAAGAUGGGAUAAUAAAGCAAAUAAGCCCAUUAGAGACACAUGCCAUACGACAGACCUUUGUGUUCUUGUCAUGCUAAGAGGGCAUUUAUUGUUUUAACAGGUCUGUACGCUCACCAGAGAAGACAAUCGUGAAAUUGGCCAGACGCCCGAAGAUGAGCAAUUGCAUGUGCUCCCUUUGUACAAAAUCUCCAACGUGGACGAGUUCGGAAGUGCAGAAGGUCAGGAAGAGAAAAAACGGAACGGCAGCAUCCAGGUCCUUAGCUCCUUCCGGAGAAAAGUAAGGAUGCUUUCUGAGCCAGUUAAGACUUGCCGGCAAAAAAAGUUGGAAGCUAAGAAAGCAGCCACUGAGAAGCUUGCCGCUAUGGAUAAUGGGUCUAGCAAACAUGAGAGAGAGAAGUCGAACGCAGCACGCCAAAAGCAGGCCAUCUCAGAGGCAUCGGGUCAUGCAAAGCAGUUAGCAGGUAUGGUUUGUAAUUUGUACGUACCAUGGUUCAUGGUUCUGUUUCCUGUGCCGUUUGUAUUAUUUACACUCAAGAUAAGGGUGAGGCAGGUUAGGUGGCAUGCAGUGCAUGUGUUCAGCUUUUAGUGUCUUCUUAGUUACGCCGGCUCCCUUGGCCAAUAAAGCAGGAUGAGCGCCGCAACCCCAGAGUCGGCAACGAUUGGACCUAAUGGUCAGGGGUCCCUUUACCUUUACCUUUAUAGUUCAGUGAGGGACGCAGGUGGUGCUUUGGGUUAAAUCAGAAGGUUGGCGGUUCGAAUCCCCGUGACAGGGGGAGCUCCCAUUGCUCAGUCCCUGCUCCUGCCACCCUAGCAGUUUGAAAGCACGAAAUGCGGGAAGGUAAACAGUGUUUCCGUGCACUGCUCUGGUUUCCAGAAGCGGCUUAGUCAUGCUGGCCACAUGACCCGGAAGCUGUACAUCAGCUCCCUCAGCCAAUAAAGCGAGAUGAGUGCCACAACCCCAGAGUCAUCCGCGACUGGACCUAAUGGUCAGGGGUCCCUUUACCUUUUUAUAGUUCAGUGAACGACUUCAGAAUAUCUGUAGACAAUGUUUCAGUUACUUAAGGUAUUCGUAUACCACCUUUCCUUACACCAAAGUGGUGCUUGAUUCAAGCUGUAGACCUCAUCGCAUAGUUGUUUAAACAUACUUGCUUAUACCAAUUCAGGCAAUGUGUCCAUCUACAUUGCCCAAUAAUGCCUACUUUGCUUCAGGAAAGCUGCUGCCAGUCAUUCACCUGAUGUGCAGAUGGAGGCAGCCGAUGGGCCACCCAGCAAUUCCAUUGCCUUUUCCUUGAUAAAGCAUGUGAAAAGUAUGUUAGAAGUAAAUAAUUCAAGAGGUUAUUUAGGGCCAGUCUUACUAUGAUCCUAAACAUAUAUCCAUAUAUUUAAAAAUGCAUCUAGUGGGAGCUUUCAUUUGAAUGUAAGUAGCGUCAUUUGAGAGGGGAGCUUUUAAGGUUUGUGUUGUCCAUCCCCAGCUAUUACAGCUACACUGGGUGCCAUUUACAAAUAUCUAAAGUGCACAGAAGGAGGGAGAAUAGCAAGAAUGCAUUUAACAUAUCCAGGUUGGCCCUUAGGCUUCUAUCCGAAUGGGCCUCUUGAAUAAGUAUGAAGACUGAACAACCUCUUAGUGUGCAGAAAUGCCCUUACAGCCUUCAGGGUUCCUAUUUUUUUCUGUGGGCAAACAAGACAUAAGCUGCAAAAAGCUGUGUGUAUACAAUCUCCUAAGGAUGUUCUUUCCCUAGCCAUGUCAAGCAUGGAGAAAUACAAACAGUGGGUUCCUGUUGUUUAACUUUUCCUUGCUUACUUUCUUACUCUCACAAGACAAACCGUACUUAACAACUUGCUAGGCAGAAGGGUUUGGGGUGGUUGUGUUGCACUUACAUUGUGGAAGUCACAGGCAGUUCAUUCCAGAGAAAUGCAAGCAGUGGGGCUUUCUUCUCUCCUCACCCUCCUUGAGUCCUUGAAAACCACCUCUGAGAACUGGGAGAUGGAGGGCCCAAGCACUACCUGCAGGCUUUAUAUAAGCAUCCGGUUGGCCAUUGUGGGAACAAGAUGUUGGGAUAGAUCAGGGGUAGGCAACCUAAGGUCUGCGGGCCGGAUGCGGCCCAAUCGUCUUCUCAAUCCAGCCCACAAACGGUCCAGGAAUCAGCAUGUUUUUACAUGAGUAGAAUGUGUCCUUUUAAUUAAAAUGCAUCUCUGGGUUAUUUGUAGGGCAUAGGAAUUCGUUCAUUUUUUUCCCCAAAAUAUAGUCCGGCCCACAACAUGGUCUAAGGGAUGGUGGACCAGCCCACGGCUGAAAAAGGUUGCUGACCCCUGAGAUAGAUGGUGUGAUCUUAUGUUACGUUCUUAUGGCUGUGCUGGGAAGAGGCAGCAUCCCUGUUUUCUCUUCAAUAGAUGGAAAAGGCACAGAAAGGGACAGCCAAAAUUAUCAAGGUUCUGGAACACCUAUAAGAAAAGAUUGCUCAUUUAGGGGAAGUUUGAGCUUAGAAAGAAAGCAAGGAAAGAAAGUCAAGAUUAUAAGUGGUGUGGAGAGAAUGACUAGGGAGAUCUUCUCCCACUCUCAUAAUGCUAGAAUCCAGAGUGAAACAGUGUUGGGAUCUUCAAGACAAACAAAAUAAUGUACUUAUUCACAUAGCACAAUGGUUCCCAAUUGGUGGUCCACAGAUCGCAGGGGGUCAAUAGCACCAUUCGCAUAUCAAAAACUGUCAUAGAUAUGUCAAAAUUUUUGAAAGUAGGGGGUCCACGGCUUGGCUUUUGAAAAACAAGGGGUCCACAGUACUUAGUUAAUUGGGAACCACUGACAGAGCAUAUAGCUGAGUUAUGGAAUUAACAAAUGUAAGAUUUGGUGAUUGCAACCACCAGCAGGUUUAAAAGGGAAUUGGGCUGUGUACACACUGCUCUUUAUAACCAGUGUGCUCUCAUUGCUGAUUUGGGAAGCAGUGUGUGCAUGACAUUAGCCAUAAUCCGUAGCUAUCCUGCUGUUUGUUAUGAAAUUCUGCAUAAUCAUGCAGUCUCUCUAAAUCAGCUUCUAUCAUAAAUGAGAAAAAGAUGUUCAGUAGGGCCAUCUUUUUCUCCCCUCCCCCUUUUCUUCCCCAACUUUAUACUGCAUAUAACACUAAUGUCUCAUAACAAAUGUAAUUGAAAUGUAGAAAACACAACCUGAGAAAAAGAGACAAUGCAUGCACUUUUGUAAACGAAGAAAAUAUUUAAUGAAAAUUGUUUUUUUAAAAAAAACUAGAGAGAGAGCAACCUAGCUGGCAAUGCGUGCACAGCCUUAGAUACACUGAUACGGCUAUCAGUUGCUCCUGGUCAUGAUGGUGAAAUGUUAUCUCCAGUAUCCCAGACAGCAUGCGCCAAUAGCACAAGUAGGAAAAUGCUAUUGUCUCCUUAUUCUGCUUGUGGGAUUUCCACAGGCAUCUCAUUGGCCACCAUGAGAACAAAAUAUUGGAGCAGAUGGGUAUUUGGACUGACCCGUGGUGGUAUUAUUUAUGUUCUUAAUAGCAGGGGAGAACUCUCCUGUGCUGAGAUGCACCAACAUCUUUGAGGGGUUGGAGUAGCAGUGCCUCUCCUAAAACACAAGUAGCCAGAAAAUGAUUCCUGUACCUGUGAUAAUUGGUGUUCUUACCUCCUAAAGCUAUUUCUUCCUCUCUCUCUUUCCCCUUCCACAGAUCUGUUACGUCUUUCAGGACCAGCCAUGUCACAGCAGAAGCUCUACCAACAUCCACAUCAUGCCCUCCCUACUAAACCUCAGUCAAACCACAUCAACUCAUACACUGCUUCAGGUCCCACAAACCUCUACAUGGGUUUGCCAAAUCCAGCCAAUCCCUAUCCGAACUCUUCACAUGCUUCAGAUCCUUAUGGUGGGUCCAGCCCCAUGAAUAUCUACCCAACGUCUUCGCAACCUGCAGGAGCCUAUUUGAAUUCUCCUGGUCUCGUGAAUCCCUAUUCUGUACACUUGGGUCAAAAUAACCAAUAUCCCCAUUAUCAAUGCAAUGGAAACUUGCCUCUGGAGAACUGUUCCUCCUACUACAACUCCUAUUCGUCUCAGCCUCAGCAUAUGGACUUGUUUAGGUAUCAGAGCCAAGACUCUCUAUCUAAGCUAAGUCUACCUCCAAUUCAUACAUUAUAUCAGCAUAGGUUUGGAAACAACCAGAACUUUGGGCCCAGGUACUUGAAUUAUGGAAACCAAAAUGUGCAGGUAGAUGCGCUCAACAGUUGCACAAUUAGACCAAAUAUUCAGCAUGCAGGUUCCUUCCCUCCUUACCCCACACAUGAGGCUGAUGGUCCUUUUAUGGACAUCGCCUCUAGACUGAAAUCAAAUCUAAAUAAUCCAAGUGUGGACUACAUGAAUAAAAAUGGCGACCAUCUCUACCCCCCUCCGCACUUAACACAUGACUACCACCCUGCCGCCAGUAUGUUCAGCGGCCCUGCUCAUCCACUCCACCUCCAGAACAAGAAUAACCAAAAUGGGUUGUCAAACAUGCUUCCAGGUCUUAACCACAAUCAGACUGCUUCCCAAGAAGGCGCAAACAAAACUGAGGUGCUCCCGCCAGAAGAUCCCGAUGACGUCUGGUCAGACAAUGAGCAGAGCUUUCUGGAUCCAGAUAUAGGUGGCGUGGCGGUCGCUCCGUCGCACGGGUCAAUUCUCAUAGAGUGUGCGAAACGUGAGCUCCACGCGACGACCCCGCUGAAGAACCCUAACAGGAACCACCCCACAAGGAUCUCGCUCGUCUUCUACCAGCACAAAAGCAUGAACGAGCCGAAGCACGGCCUAGCUUUGUGGGAGGCCAAGAUGGCGGAGAAGGCGAGGGAGAAAGAGGAGGACUGCGAAAAGUAUGGUCCAGAUUAUGUGCCUCAGAAAGUGCAUGGCAAAAAAGUGAAGCGGGAGCCGGCUGAACUGAAUGAGAAUUUGGAGCCAACCUACAUGCGUUUCAUCAGGUCUCUUGCACAAAGGACUAUGUCUCUCACCACAAACUCCACGGUUACCACAUCUCCAUAUGCCUUUACACGGGUUACAGGGCCUUACAACAGAUAUAUAUAAACAUCAGAUCUUCGUUCAUUACCUCAUCUGUUUUUUUGUUUUUGUUUUUAUGUUGGUAGGUAGUCGUUCUUUUUAGGCUGGAGACAAGGGAAAAGGGCAAGAGACAGUAUUUUUUUUCCUUUUCUUUUUAACUUGUCAAUGGGAAAACCUCCUUGUACCAGCAAAAGAGGUAACAUUGCCACCGCAUUCAUUUGGUAACUGGUCACAGGUAACACGUUAACAACUAAAAACCAAAGCACCCUAUGCAAAUUUAACGUUGAAAUACUGGCUUGACUACUUACUGGAAGACAGAGAAUCUGUAUGCAUAACCUUUAAAAUUUUUACAUCUGUGACCAUUUAAAUGAAAGCAAGUUAAUUAAGAGAAGUUUGUUUUUAAAGUAAAAAUACUGUAGUAUUUCAGUAGCAAAAAUUUUAAAUUACCAACUGGUGCUGAAUCUAUGAUGUGCUGAAAUACUGGAAAUGCAGCUUUUUAACAUGCAGGGGUUUGUUUGUUGCUAUAAUCUUAAUCUUGACUUGAUUUUUAUUAAUCAGGAUAGCGACAUAUAUUACAUAAAGAAUACAAAGCGAAACACUGAAUUUGUUUGGCUAUUCUAAAACAUGGUGCUAUGUAUAAGAAUGGUGUCUAAUGCAGCAGCUAAACAGUUUUAAUGCCUUUUAUAACCAUGAAAACGUUAAAAAGUAUGCUGUGCUCUCCUUAAACGGCAAACAGGACCUUUUUAUUUUUGUGUUUGUAUCCAAAUUGUAUUUGUUUGUAAUCUGGUGCUUAAAAGAAAAAAAACACCCAGUUUUUAAAAUAUGGGAAUUGUGGUCAGGCAGGACCAAGAUCCAGCAAAGCUUAUAUAUGAGCAGUUGGGUGACUUUGUGUCUCAGG